CAGGCUGGCAAGCUCACACUCAGCCAUACAGCAUCUGCCAGGAGCUGCUGGCUGUGCAUGGGGCACCGCUAGGACCCGGGGAGGCACGGCUCUGGCUGGGGAGCUGUGAGCAGGAAGAGGCUCGGUCUGAGGAGAGCAGGGCUGGGAUAGGAGUGCUAGCUCCGGGGAGCGUGCCAGCUACAGCACAGGUAAGGCAGGGCUCAGCCCUGGGAGAGGGCUUUAGGGAUGUAUGGAGAGAGCUGGAGAGUCCAUAGAGCCAGCUGUGACAGUGACAGCCAGGAGGUGGGGAGGAGGAUACAGGCAGAGCCAGGACACACCGGGGCACAGCUUUACCCUACACCAACACUCACACCCGCUGAAAGGCAAGGGCUGGUGGACUGGACUGAUAUCUGCUUAAAUCACAGCCAGCCAAUCUGGACCUGCUCCGGGGAAUCAUCCACCGAAAAGAAGCGCUGUGUAGGUGUCCGGGAGUCAUAUUCGGUACUAGAUAUCGAUUGGCAGCUGACCCAAGCGAUAAAUAUGUAUCUGUCGAUCUUUCUGCCUAUCCCUCCAUCCAUCAUCUAUCUUCUAUACACAUAGAUAUGUACCAAGGCUGCACAUAUUUGCUGCUGUUGUACUUACAGUGUAUAUGUGUGAAUGCAACAUUCUACUGUAGAAUUCUGUAAUACCAUCUAUCGCUUCUAUCUGUGAUAUAUGCUUAAAUACAUUCGUGUGUGUAUAGAUAGAUAUAUAGAUAAAUAGAUGGAUAUAUUAUUUUUCUAAUUUUCAGUGGAUUUUUGCUUUACCAAUGUAAAGAUAUUUUUUUUUCAAAUGCAGCUGAUAAUUACCUACAGAAUGGAGUAAAAUUUUAUUUCACUGCAGUUGUUUAGAUUUGAGAAUGUUGCCAAACAGCUGCUGCCUUGUGUUUUAAAUGCAGAAAUCCCUGGAGUAUUUUUUGGGGGAGAGACAGAUAUAUUUAGUGGUGGUUCAAUAAUAAGAGAUGGGGGAGGAGCUCAAAUGAAGAUGACUUCCAUCUGAUACUAUGUAUCUCUGCGAUUUCGUUCUCAUUUCAUUAAAUCCCAACAUGAAGUGAAAACACGGUAUUUGGUAUUCAUUUUUAAAAUGCAUUUUAUACCAGCCUUUGUAACUGUUUAAUACCCUAAAUGAAUAGCAAAAUAAAAUAUGGAAAAAUUUGAAUAAUUGUAAUAAAUGAUACAAAGUGAGCAUCUGAUUAGACAAUAAUUCAAAAUGAUCCCUCUGAUAUUAUUCUCUGUUAUAUGGUUCUGUUCUUGUAGCAGUGUGAAAUACUAGCCAAAUAACACCAUGUGUUUGCUGUUAUGCAUAACCCUAGUAUUAAAAUAAAUAUUUAUUUUGAUGGGUAAGAAGAGACAAAAAACCCAAAUCACACACCACUAGAUAGUGAAAGAGAAAUGUCCCUUUGUCUUAUAACGACAAAUUGUUUUAUUUCAAAAGAGGUGCAAUUUAUUAUGUUGUCAUUCCAUUUGAAUCUUAGUUGUUGCUAUAUGAAGUUUGCUUAUUGCUUGUAGCAUAGUAAUUGAGAUUUAUUUCAGCUAGGUUUGCAAAGGGUAAAGAAUAGACUGCAUGAGAUGUAAUGACAAUUAUUUGGGUCUAAGUAGCCUGUUUCGUGUAUGUUUUUAGGGUGUUAACUCCUCAUUUAUAGUAUUACAAGGUACUAUAAUACUCCAUUGUUUGUUUGUGUCGGUAGAUAGAUAAAUAGAUGGACCACACAUAAUUAUUGCUAUUAUUAAUCAAAUAAUCACCUUUUUACAACUAUGUACCUUUUACAGUAGGUUUUCUUUGUGUUGAAAUAAGGAAACACAUUAUAAUUAUUUGUUAAUUUAUUCCUAGUUGAUAUUUUAAAAUGGACUUGUCAAUGUAGAUUUUGGGGUUUGUAUUUUUUUCACAAUAUUUUUACAUAGCUUACAUGUGUUACAUUAAAGCAAAUCUAAGAACUUUCCUGGUUUAAAUAUAACAUUUUGAAAUAAUGAUUAAAUAAACAUCCCAAGCACCAUAACCACUACAAGGCAUGAUAGUGAAUAAGAUGCCAGGAAUGUAAGUAGUGAAAGCAUUUGCAAAUGGUUUGACAGCAUGCCUUGUAUCUGCCUGGCGCUUGGGACUUCCCCUACAAAGUGGUAAAAGCUCCUGCUAGGCAUGGCCAGCUCAUUGGCUAAAAGUCAGCUAAACUUCUUGGCUAGGUUCAAUACAGAGAGCUUUAAACUCUAAUGGACAAGGUGACCACCUUGGCUUUCUCACUCCCUUUAUUGUGAGCUUUAGGUAUUUUUCAGGAUUAUUUGUUAACCCCUUAAGGACACAUGACAUGUGUGACAUGUCAUGAUUCCCUUUUAUUCCAGAAGUUUGGUCCUUAAGGUGUUAAAGGGCUACUCCAACCAAAACAAACAGUGUUUUAAUACUUUUUGGUUAGAUUAACCAUUAAAGUGACAAUCCACUAGAUACACAUAAAAAAAUAACGAAAAUGGCUGUUUAAUAGAUAUGCCCCAAAUUAAAACUUGCAUGCAUUGAAUUAUUAUUAUUAUUUUUUUAAUUGGGGAUAUAUAUAUAUAUAUAUAUAUAUAUUAACAGCUUGCAAAAGUUGCAGUUCUGCCUUUUGACAGCCCUCCCCUUGUAACCCCGCCCAGACGUUCUGUGACUGUCCAACUACAGACUUCCCAAUGCAGUUUAAUGAGAAGAUUUUGCAAGGCAAGUGCUCUGGUCAAUUGCUGCUUCUUCAGUUUAGCUCUAGUGCGCUUAACAAACUAGGAAGUAACAAGAUCCAGUGUUUGCGUGAAAGCCAAGGGGUUGUUACCAGGUUAGUUAUAAAAGUGUAAAUUUCUAUUGAAAUCUGCACUUUCUGCAAAAUUAAAUAAGGAGGACACGCUCUUCAUACAUAAAGCUUUUCAGCAAGAUAAAGUGCUUUAAGGGUCUGGAGUGUCCCUUUAAUAGCCUAGUCCUCCCCACACACAAAAGAAAUCUAAAACUUAUACCAAAUCCAGUACCAGGGACAUGUUCUUCCAGUAGCCAAGUCCUCCCAAUCAUUGCAGGAGGAUGGAUGUCGGGGAGGAUGGGUUGAGAGGAUGAUAUGAGCGGAACGGCAAUGCCACUAUUGGACACCAGUUGCCAGUAUGCUUUGCGCGCUGACAACAAAUGUCCAGUAUUCAAAGAACUGACAUUAACCAAGCUGGGACAACUAAUGACACACAAAUGACACUCCUGGAGGGGAAGUUACACCUUCUGGCAGCAAAGAAGUUAAACUCUAUAUGUGCAGUGCUUCUGAGCAAAAUGCUGCACAUGCAGACUCCAAGCACCUUGACCACUUCAAAUCACUGAAGUGGUCAUGGAGCUUGGAGUAACCCUUUAAUAUUUUUAAUAUGAAAUCAUUGCUAUUGGUCAAAUUAUUACAAAUUACAGACCAGAAUAGCUAAAAUUUUAUAAUUUGCUGGUUAAUCCCAAAUGCAGUAAUCAUGUGACUUUACUAAGAAAACAUUAAUAAGAAAUAAUGGCUUAAAUAACAACCUGGUAUCAAUCGGUUAUAUAUCACUCAACCGUUAUCAAGGUGAUUACAAUCCAAAUUUUGCAAACCUUUUUCCUCCAAUAAUACCACCUUAAGUCAGAAAACAUUACUGAAAUAAUACCAUGCCUAAUUCAUGAUUUAGUUGUUAAUCUCGUAAUGUACUCAAUAGGCCGAUAUCACAAGGUUAACAAGAAAAAAAUGUGACGCCUUCACCGUUUUCAAUUACUGCACAGGUUGAAGGUUACAUGCAACUGAGUGCAUUAAUGUCACUAAUAGGUGACAGGUGCGUAACCUAUUAUGUUCUAUGUGGACAUGGCAGUGUGUAUUUAUUUAGGUACCAUUAAAUGGACAGUUUAGGUAUCAUGCACAUCAUGUGUAUUCAUUAUGUAUUCAUAUUAUCCGUUUCGCUAUGUUAUAUUUUAGUUACAGUGUCUUGUACUUUGACUGGUGUAAUUGAACAUUGCGGAAUUGCUAAUGUUGCUUGAACAAGUCAUCAAAGGAACACUAUAGUUUUAGGAAUCCAAACAAGUAUUCCUAACAAUAGUUCUGGAGUGGCUGUUGAGGGGUCUGACCCCCACAGAUUGCAGACAAAACGGAUUUAACUUACUUGUUCUUCAUCGCUGCACCAGUCUUGCCAUGGCUGGCCUCGCCUCCAUGGAUGAGAUCCUCAGUCUUGAUGAUCUCAGCAAAUACAGUUCUUUCCCAUAGGAAACAAUGCGUUUCUAUGAGGAGCUUCUCCUUGCAGAGCGUGAAGAUUCUGAAUGUAGUAAGCUGUAGUGGUUAUGGUGACUAUAGUGUCAUUUCAAGUCAGAGGACGUGUUUGUGUUAUUCGUUCUGCUCAUGAGCAAACAGUUACAAAUAGUUUGGCGUAUAGGCUGUUUAUAAGAAAUGCAUUUUCACAGAUGGGCACCCAGACAUCUUUAUCUCAAUGAAGUGGUCUGGGUACUAUGUCCCCCUCACCCUCCCCGUUUUAACACUGCAGAAGCAAUGUUUUCAUUGUAGGUUUAACCUGCCUCUAGAAGCUGUCAUGCAGACAGCCACUAGAGGCAUUUCCAUGAAGUAGAAUACUAAAACUGGUAUUUCUAUCAGAUGGUCACACCUAUGGGUAAGAAUUGGAUUGGCUGAAAUUAUCAGUCUCGGUGAUCUCAGUCAAAAAGGCAGAGCUUCACAGUGGCACUGGCCCAGUCACCUAAAUGAUGACUAGGGCACUAUAUAUAUAUAUGUAUAUAUAUAUAUAUAUAUAUAUAUAUAUAUUUGUAUGCCCCCAUUGUAAAAUGAUUGAAACAGGUUGCGAUCACUUCCACAUUGUUAAUGGCUCAUCAGCAUUUGUCAACAUGUCAAUAAAUAUUGGAGAUUGCGAUUUACUUUCAUGUGUGCUAUAGACUGCAAAAUGAUAGGGCUGUCCUCUUUAAAAAUAAAAACUGCUUGCAACUAUAUGUCCCAUGAACUAUAUAUAUAUAUUUCAAAUUGAGCCCGCAAGUACUUUUCUGAGUCAUUCCUAGUAAAUAUAUAUAUAUAUUUAUUUAUUUACUAGGAAUGACUCAGAAAAAGUACAUAUGGGCUCAAUUUGAUAUAAACCAUAUAUUAUGUCACAGGGAUUAAUGAAAAUAUGACAUUCAUGGUGUUACCAUUCACCAUGCAUGGUGAAAUGUUAGAGACUAACAGUGUUUUAUACAUACAUUAUUAUGCACUGGAGUUUAUGAGAUGCAUAAGCCACCCUUAUGUACAUAGUGUAAUUUAUUACAUGUGCACGAUAGACCUGUAUUGAUAGCCUUGCUGGUAUUUAUAGCUCACAAGAGCUGAAGUUUCCUUUCCCCGCAAAUGUGUUUACGUGAUGUUUGAGUCAAAUAGUGGCUAUAAAUGUUUAAAUUGCAAUGUAUUACAAUGGAAAAUUACUUGUUUGAUAGUCAGUCCCCAAAUGGAAAACAUGACUUUUGGCUUUCCUUUGCCUUUGAUCCCUUUGGACUUGCAAACCUUUCAGACAGUGAAGAAAACUCUUAUCACCAGUAUGUACUGAGUAAAACCAGUACAUCUCAUCUGCCUCCUCCAAGAUGGCUGCUACAGAUGGAUGCAAGUAGCUGUCAUUGCCACCACCUUCUUACAAAUGUGACCCAGACGUUUACUGUUUACCAUCUUUGUUGUAUUGUUCCUGUGCUGAGGAGGUCAGCGCUUAUACACAAUAGGUAAAAUAAUUAUAUCUUUUCUAGCCAUUUGGCUGUCAAGCACAAUACAUGACUCUGUGAAGUUUGUUAUUACAGUGUCCUAUUCACAGUGUCUGGAUUAUUUAUUACAUCUAAACUGUGUAGAGAUGACAAAGGAAUUACAAAUUUUAGGUGAAAACAUUCACAUAAAAAAAAAAAUCUGUCCAGGUUGCAGCAUUAUUUUUUACUUUUUAAAAAAUAACUAAAAUAAAGAAUGCAUUUAACAAAUAUAAAGGAUUCCUGCUGGUUUUAGUGUUUCUUUUAUAAAUGUGAUGAAGCAAGGCGUAUUGCAAAGAUAUUUACAAUAGUUAUCUUACAAAAGCAGAGGUUUUGGAAAAUUUACAGUGUGUUGUGGUUUUACGGUUAAAACUAUUUGUAAUACCUCCUUCCUUUCCCUUUACUGUUCUCUGGCUCAUAAAAUUCAACUAGAUUUAUGUCUGGAAAGAAGAGGAAAUGCAAAAUGAUGCCUAUCUGUAAGACAAAAAAUACUGGCAUAUGGCAAACUAUCCCCCAUCAAUUAUAAGAAUGGAAAAAAAAAAUCAUAAAACAAAAUGUGUUAUUUACAACUCAAUAAUGUGUGUCUAACACAAACCACUAUCGAUGUUUUCCUUUUUUAACAGUUUGGGACAAAUGCUUAAAGGGACACCGCAGGUUUCACUUGACUCCCUUCGUUAAUGCAUGAUGAAGAUAAAGCAUUAAAACCAAUUGUUUCUUGUUGUUACUUGGUGACUUGCACGCCACCACUGUUGCUCUUUGAGCCUACUACAUAUCUAAGAAGUCAUUGAAACGAAUCAAUGCUGGACCUGCGUGUCCACACAGACGAUCUCUUAUAAAAUUGAAAAUACUGAAUAAAAAGAAAUUCACACAAAUAAGGAUUGAGGGUGUACUUUUUCAUAAUUUAUUUUCUUAUUAAAGGAACACUAUAGUGUCAGGAGAAUUUAGACCAAGACAGUCACUGGAAAGUUCUGCAGGUUUUGGAGAUCUUUCUUUUUGGUCUAAAUUUUGUAAGCUAUUAGUCAACCUACGACAUCUCCUUGUAUAAACCCCCAAGUUGUUUUCUGUAUAAUUGAAUACACCCUAGGUAAGCAUAUGCUCUGACUUACUCAUAUCCUCUGCUUGUUAGCACUUUCAAAGACGCAAUCUCAACAACUGAAUUUUAUAAUUAAUAUGUUGCUGAAAUUGAAUAUUCUAAAACAAAAUCCAAAUCUCUUAAAAUAAGCAAUUUACUAUGAAAAAAAAUUAGUCUCAGCUAUUAAAAAGAAAACAACUAUUUAUCAAAUUAUGUCAACAACACAAAUUACUUGAAUGAAUUGAAUGGAGUAUUUAAGUACGUGAAGCUACAAAACACAUUACAAUCAUUUUAUUUUUACAAAUGGCAACAAUGUGUACUGUGUUUUUAUUUAUUUUUUUAAACUGAUCUCUCAUGUUCUGUAAUUUCUACUGUUCUAGGUGAUUGAAUUACUGUUGUCACUACAUACUAGCCCUUUUUCCACCUAACUCCUUAAUGGUGUAGAGAGGCACUUUCAUUCACUGAGAUGUGACAUGUAAUUGAUGCUCCUAGCAUCCAAUUACCAUCAACAGUGAAAACAGAGGCAGACUUUUUUUGUUUUUUUGAUCCUGUGUUUGUUUAUAGGCCCCACUGAAAGGUUACGGUCCUCAUAGCCAAUGUGAUGUGACUUCAGGUCAUCACUGAUAAGGUGGCAGAAGAAAAACAUAGCAAACAAGAACAACCUAAAAACAAAAGGAAUGAAGGUGUUCUCUGUCAUUGUUCUUGAGCUUAUGCAAGAUACAGUAUGGUUAAGGCCUAAAUAUAUGAAAACAAUGCAGUCUAGGAGUUAUGAAGACAUUGUAAUAAAGCAUGACAACAAAUGGCAGAACCCGGUAAUGGCUUAAAUUUACCCACAAUUACGAUUCAGCACUAUGGAACUUUUAUACUACAUAAUUGUUUAAAAUUAGGGUUAGGUUUAUGCUAGGUUUAGGGCUACGGGAAGGGCUGUGGCCUAGCCUGCCUAAAAUUUCUGAGCAUUGCAUUCCUGGGUCGCAUCUAUAAUUUGCAACUUAUGUUUUUAAUUCAGUCCACAUAUAUAAAAGUCAUAAAACUUAUUGCUGUACAGUACACAUGGAUCGUUUUAAAAUAAAAACCUCCCACCAGUCAUUGCAACAUUCUGGUUCUAGCACAGUGAGUCUGAAUGCCAUGGUGCAAAGAUGUCCCCUGUCCUUGUCUCCCAGCACACAUUUGCUUAUAAUAAAUCAAUCAAUAUAUUUAUCCCCUACACAUCCAAGUACUUUUAUGAUGUGGCAGAUUUCUCAAAAUUUGAUAGAUAGAUCGCCAAAAGAAAUCUAUUCCUAAAUUCUGACAAAACUGCCUCAAUUGUGUUUACAGCAAAGCUUUAAUUAAACAUAACGAUCAUCUGUUAAAAAUCAAAGUAAUGUCAAACUACAAUUAUUCAGUAAACACUUAGCAAUUGAUAAAUCUAAGUUAUCAUCCCAAUUCCAAGCUAAAUUUGGUGCUGUUCAGAAAAACGGCUAGUCGAAAUAGCAUGAACAUGAUUAUGCAACAACUGAAUAAGAGGAUAUAUUAUGUGCAUCUCUACAAUCAUAGCUCAGUUAUCUCCAAUCUGUGAUUAAUUGUUCUACUUUGUCCUGCACUGUGUGGCACAAUUCAUCACAAUGUUAAACAUUCUCAAUUGACUUACACUCAAAAUACUAUAUGUACAUUUAACCUAUUUUACCUGGUUCAAACAUACUUUCCAUAGUACCGAAAUAGAAUGCUCAGUUGUGCUCCACUGGUCUGUAAAUAAUUUGGAGGACAUCACAUUUUGGGAAUUUCAAAUUUGCACAGAACUGACAUGGUAAUUCCAAAAUGUAUUUUAGAAUACAAGUUCUAACCAGAAGGACAGUGCCUAACAGAGCUAUGUAAGUGUCAAACUAAGUAUAAAUUAUUUUAAAGCUUACUGUGGGUUAGCACCAGAUGACAUCUGGCACCAUAACCACCAUAGCACAAGGCAGUGGUUAUAGUACUUACAGUAUCUCUUUAUAUAAACAUUUGUUGUUGCUGAAUAUUAUUAUACUUAAUAUUCUUAUAUAAAUUCAAAAUAAGCAAUACCUGAUCUAGUUUGACUAAAAUAGUAGAUAUUCUACAUAAAACACACACACACACAAAUACUGCUCUGUGCUCCAUUUAUGAUGGAGUGGAGCAGGAGAUGCUUUUGUUGUAGUAUUUCUCUAGCACUGAUUCCCUUGGGUUUCUGAAUUGCCCAACAGAGACUGCAGCAUCUGUGUGUUUAAAUUAAAUUUUCCCUUGGCUGUUAUUACUUUUUGAAUGCACUAGCUAUACUGUAUGUGCUCCAUAUUCUGUUGUAACAUUGGCAUCGCAGGAGAAAUAGAAAAUAGUAUUGUCUUGUAGUUGAAUAGCAAACAAAAUCUAUGAAUUUAAUUGUCAAUAUAGUGUUUCUCCUUAAUAUAUAAAAUCAUACAACAGGCUUGAAAUCUGAAUGUUUAAAUACCUACAUUAUAUAUAUCUCUGAAAAAAGGGGGAAAAACUUUUUUGUAACAGUAACAUGUACUCUUGCAGAGUGUUACAUGUAAGCAUUAUGUUCUAGAAAGCUGGGGAAGCAGUUUACAUCCAUACUAGUAAACUGUUAAGUUUUUUUUUUAAUUAAAGAUAUAAUCUAAGCAACAAAAUCACUUCAUCCUAAAGAUGCUGCAGCCUCACUGUUAUAAUCAGUUCUGUUUAUAUUGUGCAUAUUUGAAGACUAAAAUAAAUGUAGUUAUUGAAUCUUUUUGAUGACCAUGGAACGUAUGCCAACGUUGGACAUUGAGCGUCCAAUGUUUCUGUAUGAGAAGCAUUGGAUUAAUUGUAUAGAGAAGCACUGGAUUGGUGGAUCGCAGCAGUUGCUUUACAUGCGCUGAGUGCCCUUAAAGAUUUUCAGCAAGAAGUAUUUGAAAUCACAAGCUAGGAGUCUGUUUCAGCACUAGAAUCAGUGGAGACUGAUGAAGUUUAAAGAUGGUUGGGUACUUCACGACAUAUUUGUUGGGCUUUACCCAUUUAACCCCAUGAGAUGCUGUGCCCUCUUCAUAACCAACUGUAUCAGCAGUCAUUAGUAAAGGGGAGUAUGAAAAUAGAGCAGGUAUAUAGAUUUACAUUAAGAUAUUUUAUUUUUUAUAUAUAUUUUUUAUUUAUUUUUAUUUUAUUUUGUUUAUUUUGUUGUGUGUGCUGUAUGUCUGUGGGUGCUGUAUGUGUGUGUGGGUGCUGUAUGUGUGUGCUGUGUGUGUGUGGGUGCUGUAUGUGUUAAGGUGCUGUAUGUGUGUGCUGUGUGUGUGUGUGUAUGUGUGUGUGUGCUGUAUGUGUGUGUGCGCUGUGUGUAUGUGUGUGCUGUAUAUGUGUGUGUGAUGUGUGUCUGUGUGUAUGGUGCUGUGUGGGUGUGGGUGUGUGUGCUGUAUGUGUGUGUGUGCUGUAUGUGUGUGGGGGUGGGGGUACAUUACUUAAUAUCCCCCCUCCCUUCAUACCUUAUGUAGGGAGGGGGGAUCGUGCUGCUGCUUUCCCUGGUGGUCCAGUGGAGAGUGAACUCUAGCCCCUGAGGGGCUAGAGUUCACUCUCGUGAGAUCUGAGCGUUGCCGUGAACUCUCGAGAGGAAGCCGGCGGAGCUGCUGGUUGAGCUCCCUGGGUCCUCUCCUGCCUCCCUCCAUGCUGCUGUGGGGAGGGAGGCUUAGAGCAGAGCCGGCGCUCAGAUAGCGCCGGCUCUGCAUGAGCCGACAGGGGAGAUCCUGAGAUCUCCCCUGCCGGUCUCACUCCAUAGGCGUGCCGCGGGGAUUAGGGUGUGCCCAGGCCUAUGAUUUAGAUCUGGAGUGCCCAAAAGAUAGAUCCCCAGAUGUGUUGUCAUUCUAAAGGCAUGCAAAGCAUCAAGGGAAUUGUAGUUCUACAACAUCUGGGGCUCUACCUUUUGGGCACCCCUGAUUUAGAUAAAUCCCUCAGAGACUAAUGGUAAUACUAAUAAUGCAUUAAUUAUUAUUAUUAUUAUAAUGCGCCAACAAAUUCUGGAGCACUGUACAUUAUGAUAAACUCAAAUUUUAGCAAAUACAUUUUAGCUAAUAAAAAGCUUUGCACUGUUAUUAUCUACAACAUUGCUAAUGACUAUGCAGUUGUAAAAGUGCUUUGCUACCAUCAGUUGUAGGACUACACACCUGAUACUUAUAAUACAGUCAGUGGAUCGAUAAUCUACAAAUAGCACUCAGUCAGUUUAGUUGAUAUUGACACUGGUAUUGCUCAUGAGAUAGAGCAUAUUUUUUUUUUUUUUUUUGCUGAGCCUUUAGGGAUAGGCUGGUGCCAUCUUUAAGCCUGUGGGAGAUUACAUUUACCCAACAGUUCUUGUUUUGACUUUGAGUGUAUUUGUGUAUAGUAAUAAUAUCCUCAUCUAGGUGCCUUUUCUGGCAUAUCAGCAAUGAGAUUCCCAUGCUAGUGUUAAGUUACUGUUUGGGAAGGUUUUACUGCCUGGGGGAGGAAGAGAUACUUAAAUUACAAGAACACCUGUAGGUUUUGACUGAAUGGGUAUUUCUAAAUAUGCCAGUAUUCUGCUAUUGGUUUUGUGAACUACAGAAAUUGUUUUUUCUAACAAUUCAGUGUAAACUGCUUAAGUGGCCAAAACAGUUCCCUUUCUUCCACGUCCUUUCCCCAUGUAAGUUCUAUUCUCAAGUGUACUUAUCACAGUACCCUAUAAAUCUCCCCAGCCUUAAUCACAGCUCCUUUAUUCAUCAGUGGUGCCAUCAACUAUAAUGGUAGAUGAAGAUGUAUAAUUAUGUUUAAACCAAUAAUGCAGGUAGGUUAGUAUUUUCAUAUUAACACAUUAUAUGGUAAGCUUAGCUGGAGUUACCACCUGAAGAUCUGCCAAGAGGUGCCCAUUUUGGAAUUAUACCACAAUUUUCAAACCCUAAGUGAUAAAAAAAAAAAAAUAAGUUGUAGAGAACAUUGUGAUGUCAGCAGUUAGUCAUUGUCUUCGAUUUCCCAAAUGUCUUUCAACGUUCCACUGUGCAGGAAACAGCAAAUGGUUCUUUCACCCAAAUGCCCAAGGUUAUCUGGAAAUAUUUUUUUAUUUUUUUUUAUAAUUCUUUAUUUAUGUCAAGGUUCGACACCACAGCAAGGUAUACAACACAAUUCAGAUGCUUCCAUUAACACGUGUACAUAUAAUCGGAAGCUAGUGUCAGUAAAGUUAUGUAUUUUCAUAAAAAAACAGCCUGUAACCAUUAAACAACCCAUGUCUUGUGAACUCUAAAAAUCUUUAAAUAGUGGCGUCGCCCCCGUUUUUAAUUUUAUUUCAUAUAUAUGCGCCUCUUUUAGCCUCUAUGCGUGUAUAACCUGGGUAGCAAGUACAAGCCAUUCAGAACACGCACGUAUGUUAACAGAUACAGCACAUUGUGGAGCAGAGUACCCAAUAGCUUGAAAGUGACAAAGUCACGCUUCGCGGUUCGGCACCGUACCCCUCCAGUAAGGGUCCCGGUUGUGAACCACACUAGACAGUAAGGACAAGAGUAAAGGAAAGGAAAGAGAAGAGUAAAGAAAUAAGCUGGAAAUAUUUUUUAUAAACAGAUUUACAAAUGAUCAACACAAAGUAUAGGCAGUUUAAAAAGGUUCUAUAAUAAUGCAUUGACAAUUUCUGAUUAUAGGGCUACAUUAAAAGGAUGCUCAGCCUCAUACCCAAUUCGCCAAUGCCCUUUUCAAAUUAAAACUUAUAGUUACACGUAUUUGGGAAACAUUGUGAAAGAGGUCCAACUCUGCUUAUCGAUGCUGUUAAUCAAUAAUAGCCCUACAAGGCAUGACAAUACACAUGUCUAUCUUUUAUCUGAGAGGAAGUCAAUGGGUGAGCAGACUAACAAGCCUUUUCAAAAAUGUCUCAAAACCUAGACAUUGGUUGCUUAGUCUGCCACCAGCAGCAUCUCCAGCCAUCAGUCAAUAGGGGGAUGGAAACUGCAGAUAUAAUCAUGACAGUCAAAUGUUUUUUCUAAAAUACUUAUCAUUAGUCCUUACCAUGCCAAUACAUUGCAACAAAAACUGGGGUGGGGGUGCUGCACAACCUGUCCCUGUGGAUUAACCUCCACUUAGUGGCAAUAUAGGCAUGGUUGGAGGCCAUUUGCACCAUGGUGUGUAUUGCAUGCAUUGUAUUCAACACACAUUUUAUAUAUAUAUAUGCUGUGAAAGGUUUACAUGUUUUUUUCAUGUUAUUGUGUUUGCUGAGGGUAUCCCUAUGUAUGCAUCACAACAAAGUAUUUUUUAUUCUGAUAUAUCUGUCCAGGAUUAGAUUUAACCUGGUUCUCUUUAGAUUACGGCAGAUUGGAAUUAAAUAAAUUAUAAAUGUAAUCCAUUUUAUCCAUUUAUCUUGUUAACGUAACUCAUACAUUUACAUGAUGAUGAGAUCUCUUCUUUUUAACGUAGAGAAUUAUGGUAAAGCAGGACUAAUGGCGGCAGCUUUUAAGGCCUGUUUUCUGACCACAGUGCUACAUUACUAAGUGAACCAAGUGGAGACUGGAGAGCUGAUAUCCAAAUGUAUUUUUUGUUUGUUUGUUUUUAUCACCGUAAGCCUGAAAAUCCCUGCUGCAAUUCCUGCAACACAUUUCAUGUUAUACAUGGCAUCGAAGCAUAUUUCCCUGCUUUUCAUUGCACAAUGGAAAAAAAUUAGCACAUUACUAAAAAGAAGUUAUUAAAGGGAUUCUAUUGUGUAAGAAAUACAAAGCUGUAUUCCUCACACUAUACUUCCCUCUGGUCUCCUACUUCCUCGUACACGCUUGCCAUGAAAUCCAUUCAACCGAAUGAAAUUACAAAAUGAAAAUAAUGGCCAAAUUUUGUCCUCAAAUGAAUGAACAAACAGAUGAAAUUCUGUUUGGAUGAAACAAAACAUUUUUGGACGACACAAUUUUUUGGGUGGCACCUAAGUUUCAUAAAUAUUGACUGGUACAGAGAGGCAUCAUCAGAGACUGCUAGGCCCAAGGUGUGAACAAGAUCUAAAUGCAUUAGCCGGACCCAUGGGAAGCAGAGCAUAGCUUACUUUUGACCCAAGGCCUUCUUAUAGGCUAUUAGCUGUUAAUUACACCAGAUACCCUCCACUCUGCAUACCCAUUUUGAAACGUGUGUUAUUGUAUUAAAGCAUACCUCCCAGGAAUCCCUACUGAGUACACUGGUGAGUUUAAGGUAGUGGUUUUAGAAAAAGAAUUUUGAGUGACCUUACAUUUGGCAGCUUUCCAUGUCUGGUGUGCAGUAACUGUAAUUCAGCUUCCAAGUGUCCAGAAAUAGGAGGGCCAGUACCUUUUUUGAGAGCCAGGACCGUAACUUACCGGCUCUCAUACUGUAACAUACCGUGGUGUCACACAGUGCUUUCACAUUUUGCUAUAGCGAAUCAUUGUAUCAACUGUGCAUGUACCUACAGUCCCCAAUACUCCUCUAUGAUAAGCACUGAAUUGGACCAUCAUCCUGUCAGUUGAGGAGGAGGCCAUGGGAGUACUGAAGGAGACUCUGCACUGAAGAAAAGGUGAGUAAUUUGUUUGUUUUCUUUUAUUUAAUUUUUUUUAUACAAUGGGGGGCCCUGAACUAGUCAGAUCAGGACUGUAGCAUUAGGAAUACAAAUAUGUAUUUGUAAUGCUUCAGUAUUCCUUUAAUAUCAGGCUACCAGAAGAUUGUCUUGGUGGCAACCCCCCACUUCUAUAUUUUGGGAUAAAUGGUGUGAUUUUUAUACUCACUACUUCCUUUCUGGCCAAUGUGGACAGUACUACCACAUUUUAAUUGAUAUGUCUCCAUUACUGCACUUGUAAGGGCAAUAAUGUAAUAGAUACCCGUUAUGCAUUUUAUUUAUUUAAUCCCUUAAGGACCAAACUUCUGGAAUAAAAGGGAAUCAUGACAUGUCACACAUGUCAUGUGUCCUUAAGGGGUUAAAUAUCCCUCCCCCCAAAUUAUAGUUAAUGUUAAUGUUAAUUAAAAUAAUUUUUACAUGUAUCAGACCACAACGUUUUUCUAAAUAUAUGUAUCUUCUCUACUGAAUAAAACAUUUUUGUAUAUUGUUUUUAUAAGUUAUGCACAAAGAAUAAAAGUAAUUUUUUUUCUCUAAAAGAAAGGUUAAAGCGUGGGUUUUUUUCAUCAGCUUGAUUUGCCACAAGUGUAGGUGAGUAGCAAUACUUCUUGGAAAAAAAAAAACUAAUGAGAACCGUUAUCUUGGGUUAAACUCAGGAAGUUCUCGUACUGCUGGGAUCGUGUUGAGCCCUAUGUAAGGAAAUUCAAAGAGGAACUUUCAUCUUAUUUGUAUCUGACAGUUCUGUUUUAAACUUCCUUAUUAUCAUAUAAGCAGCUGAGGGAGUUCGCUUUGGUUUCAGGGAAAACCUCAAACAGUUUGAAAAUAAUUUGAUGAAAAUUUGGAGGGCCUAUGCCCAAAGACUCCUUUCACCAUAACAACUACACUCAGGGUUAUUUGUCAGGAAUACAUAGUGAAUUUCACAUUUAAGGACAAAAUAACUGAACUGGAAACAUUCUCUAAAUCAGCUAUGGUUGCAGUUUGGCUACUUUGGCCUUAAAUUAGAAAAUAAUGUUGAAUUCAUAUAGAAAAAACAAGAUUAUUGUGGCCAUAAGCAGAUUUGUUUGAAUCCAGAUGAAGUUGGUAGAGUCCAUGGAUUCCUCCAUUCAAUGUUAAACCACCUUUAAAAGAUGUAACCAUGAAUGAUCUACCCACAGCCCAGCCCCCUCUGGAUGCAAGGCCCACAUCUCCUUUUCACUAUACCAAUUCAUACCAGCAGUGGUCACUGUAAGAGGCGGUCAGAUGACACUCUCAGCCAGUUAUUGAUGUCCACUGCUGCUCAGCCUUAUUCUUCCUCAUUAAAUUAAACAGCACAGAGGGGAUAGUCUGCUGGGGACUCUCGUUUGGCCGUAAACCAUUCAAAAUGGAAGUAGUAAACAAAAGGACAGCUCCAGGGGACUCCAGGCUCUAUAACCACUUCAGUGAGAUGGAGCAGUCACUUACAGUGUCCUUUAAAUUAUAUCUACUGUGCAUCUAAACAACUGCAUCAACAAAACCACAUUAACCCUUACUUAUAUGUGGCCUAGUCAAUGUUAUCUAGAAUGAGCUAAGUUUUAUGCUACACCCUCAGGAUAUAACUGUAAGUAAAAUCCACCUUUCUAUGUAUUUUACAUAAAAAUUAACAAAUUAACAUUUGAAAUACAUUUUCGUGCAAACCUGAGGCACUCUCACAACACCCAUUACCAUUAGUCAGUCACCAAGACGCAUACUGCAUCAACAGCUGGAGGGCCCAUUACUUAGAUCAUGCACGGAUUCUAAAUGUGCUGUGUAAUAUCAUGAAAAUGGGUUUCUUCCCAUAGUACAAGACGACAGGAAGGUUGUUAAAUGAUAAUGGAAACAUAAAUGUAUUCAGUUAAAUGAUAAUAUCUCACAUAUUCCUUAUAAAUGGCUGUGUGCUUGCGUUUCUUUAAUGCUUGAUCUUCAUAAUGCACUAAUGACCCUAGAGUAGGGGUAAACUUCAGACUGGAAUAUUUAUUAGAAGGAAAUAUAUAUAUAUAUAUAUAUAUAUAUAUAUAUUUUAAAGUUUUUUAUUUAUUUUUUGAGUGUCAGGUUGAACCCCCAUUUUGUAAUCAAUUAUGGAAAAAAGCAAUGAAAAUACAAAUACGAAGAUAAAGGAAAAAUUUUAACCCUCCAGACUUUAUUUUGUUUUUGUAAUGCAAUUUCUGCAAAGUAUAGCUGUUGCUCAGCUAGUCACACUCCUAGUGCAUAGAGAAAUGCAAAGUUAUGCACUUUGGGGUUAAGAAUGCACAAGCACCACUAAAUGGUAGUGAAUUAGGGAUAACCACACACGAGAAGGAUUUGGGAAUUGUUAUAGACAACAAAUUAGGCAGCAAUAUGCAAUGUCAAUCUGCAAUUGCUAAGGCCAGUAAGAUUUUGUCAUGUAUAAAUAAGGGCAUAAAUUCUCAGGAUGAAAAUAUAAUUUUGCCUCUUUAUAAAUCACUGGUAAGACCACACCUUGAAUAUGCUGUGUGAUUUUGGGCGCCUGUUCUAAAGAAGGAUAUCAUGGCACUGGAGAGGGUCCAGAGACGAGCUACAAAAUUGAUAAAAGGAAUGGAGCAUUUUAGUUAUGAAGAAAGGUUAAAAAAAUUAAAUCUGUUUAGUUUGGAAAAACGGCGCCUGAGAGGGGAUAUGAUAACAUUAUACAAAUAUAUUCGGGGCCAGUACAAACCUUUAUCUGGAAAUCUAUUCAACACAAGGUCACACAUUUAGGCUGGAAGAAAGGAGAUUUCAUCUAAGGCAAAGAAAAGGUUUUUUUUACAGUAAGAACAAUAAGGAUAUGGAAUUCUCUGCCUGAAGAGGUAGUUUUGUCAGAGUCUAUACAGAUGUUUAAACUGCACUUGGAUAAAUACUUGCAAAAACAUAACAUACAGGGAUAUAAUUUCUAAUUAGUGGGGUAAUAGCUGCUUGAUCCAAGGAGACAUCUGACUGCUAUUUUGGUUUCAAGAAGGAAUUUUUUCCUAGUUUGUGGCAAAAUUGGAAGCGCUUCAGACCAGGUUUUUUGCCUUCUUUUGGAUCAACAGCAAAAACAUAUGUGAGGAAGGCUGAACUUGAUGGACGCAAGUCUCUUUUCAGCUAUGUAACUAUAUAUGCAUAUCCCAUAAACAGGGCCAGUGCAAGACUAUUUUGCGAACUAGGCAAGACCAGCUAUUUGCAUCCCCCACAAUAAAAACAAAAAAUUGCCAAUUUGUGUAUCUCUUUCUCCCAUCCAGUCCUGUUGUGUGUCUCUUUUGCCCCUCAGCCACUUUGUGCCUCUCUUUCUUCCUCAGCCACUUUGUGAGUCUCUUUGUUCCCCCAGCACCCUCUGUGUGUCUCUUUGUCUCCCAACUCAUUUGUGUGUCUCUUUUUCCCCUUCUCCAGUCCCUCUGUGGGUCUCUCACCCGCAGCCCCUCUGUGUCUCUUCCCCUUUGCGUAUGUUUCCUUUGUGUCUAUUUCUCCCUUAGCCCCUCUGUGUGUCUCUGUCCCCUCCAGCCCCAUGUGUGUCUCUUUGUCCCCUUCAGCCCUUCUGUGUGUUUCUUUGUCCUCUUCAGUCCUCUGUGUGCCUCUUUGCCCUCCCCCUCAGCCCUCUGUGUGCUUCAUUGUUCCUCCUAAGCCCUCUGUGUGCCUCUUUAUCCUGUGUCCCCCACAGACCUUCUAUGCCCUUUGUGCUCCUCUUUGUCCCUUGUCCCCCCUCAGCCCUCUGUUUGCCUCUUUGUUGUCCCCACAGAACUUCUGUGUGCCUGUUUGUCAUGACAGUCCUUCUGUGCAUCUCUUUUCCCCCCUGGUCCUUUUGUCGUCUCUCUCCCCCCUCCCUCCCCAUGCCAGCUCACCUUCUUUUAUGUAGUGUGGCUGAGCCACGGACUAUGGUUGAGGGACUUCUGGUUCUUCUCCCCCGUUCUGGCAGGAAGUUGUUCAGUGCUCUCAGUGAGCACUUACUGUCAUACCAUGUAGAGCAGGGGUGAGGAACCUUCGGUCAUCCAGAUGUAGUAGACUACAUCUCCCUUUAUCCUUUGCUAGCAUUAUGGCUGUAAGGGCAUUAUGGGAGAUGUAGUCCAAAACAUCUGGAGGGCCGAAGGUUCCCCACCCCUGAUGUAGAGGAUAUAGAUGCUCCUUUACUGUGGUCAGCGGCUCGGCAAUGCUUUAUCCAGUGACUAGCAGGAGGGGAGUGAUGAACAUUGCGCUCCCCGGGCCGGUUCACCCUAAUUCGCCUAACACUUGCUCCUGCCCUGCCCAUAAAUCCUUACCCUUGUAUAAUUUAGUACUACUUAUAAAUAAUUGAAUGAAACUAUUUGUCAAUCAAAUGGAAACCCCAGCUUACUUUUACUCGCUUUCUAAGUAGAUUAAUUUAGGUUUUUAAAUUAGGAAGUGGUCUGGGUGCCAGGUCCAUCUAGGGUUAACCCUGCCUGCAGUGUUUACAUAUGUGUUAAUCCAGCCUCUAGUGGCUGUCUUAUUGACAGCCGCUAGAAGCGCUUCCGCGCUUCUCACUGUGAUUUUCACAGUGAGAAGACGCCAGCGUCCAUAGGAAAGCAUUGAGAAAUGCUUUCCUAUGGGCUGACUGAAUGCAUGCGCAUGCGCAUUCAGCCGAUGACGUCGGAAGGUGGAGGAGAAUCCCCAGCGCCGAGAGAGCCCGGCGCUGGAGAAAGGUAAGAUUUUAACCCCUUCCUACCUCUAGAGCCCGGCGGGAGGGCGACUCUGAGGGUGGGGGGGACUUAUUAACACUAUAGUGCCAGGAAAAUGAGUUUGUUUUCCUGGCACUAUAGUGGUCCUUUAAGUCCUUUAGGGACCACAGUGUCCAAUUUAUAUAUCCAAGAUGCCUCACACUGUAAGAGAGCUUUAGACCUGUCACCUCCAUGGGAUAGAGGAGGGACAUGGUCAAUUGCUAUAAAACGUAAUGUAGGCAGACGAUGUUGGGCUGCCAAUAAAUGUUUAGCCACUGGUUUAACAGUCGUUUGAUCACGAAAAGGCUGUCAUAAUUCCAGACCGAUGUCCUCGUAUACAAUCUUGAAGGGUCAGAUCAGUUUUCCCUACAUAAGACAGUCCACAGGGACAGGUAAUCAUAUAAAUCAUAUGAUCAGUGGUACAUGUGAUGUAAUGUGAUAUAGGGACAUGUUUCCCACUGUGGGAAUGACAAAAUGUAGACCUACUGAUCAUGUGGCUGCAUGUAACACAGCCAGAACAUUUAAAAAACCCUUUCUUUUUGAGUAUAGGGGAUUUUUUGUAACAUUGUACAGGAUCACUCUUCACAAGUAGAUCUUGUAGAUUUUUAUUCCUCUUAUAGCUCACGAUCGGUGUUUCACGAAAUAUAGAAGCAAGAUUAGUAUCAGACUGUAGAAUGCUUCUUUAUGGAAUCUCUGAUUUUUAUUGUGCCAGUGUGGAACGUUAAAGGUACAAACAUUUUCUUCUGAGGUGAUUUCUUGUGAGAGCUGUUGUUAAUUUCCUCAAAAAAUCGUUCAAAGGCUGUAUCUUUGGCCUUAUCCAGUAUUCGUGGAUGAUAUCCGCGUGAAAGAAAUCUGUCGUACAUAUCUUGUAACUUUUCAUCUCUGGAUUUGGACUCGCUGUUAUAUCUGAGUAUUCACAUAAAUUGAGAGAAGGGAAGAGCAUCUUUAAGAUGUUGAGGAUGAAAAUUGGUCGCCAAGAGCAGAGUAUUUCAGUGUGCGUGCUUCCUAUAUAAAGUAUAUCCUAAUUCCUUUUAAUCUUUAUGUUUGUACACUUGUACAUCCAGAAACUGUAUGGAAAAAGUAUCCCAUGUCAGAGUAAGUUUUAUGGAUGAGGAGUUGACCGUUUCCACCAUCUCACACAAUUCUUCUGAUGUACCUUUCCAAAUUAAGAAGAUAUCAUCCAUAAAAUGUAGAUAUUUAAGGAUCUUGUUCUAGAAUAUAUGUUUUUGUCUGAACCAAACACUGCUCAGUGCUAAAUACAUUUUUUAAAAAGAGGUUGUUUUUUACAUUUUAAAGUUGAUUCUCUAUCAUCUUUGCUGAAAAGAUAUAUUUUUUUGCAUCCAAUAGACACACAUAGAAGUGUGUGUAACUGAGGACACAAUGUUACUGAGAAUGUAUUGUGAGGUCAGCACAUGAUGUUACUGAUAAUUUAUCCAUAAUGCCGGAUGAGGCUAGUGUUAGAGGGAAAGCUGCAAGGCCCUGCAUGGUUUUUAUAUAGAGAGAGUUUAUAUGGUACUAGAUCUGAAAGACAUUCUUGUCAGUUUUCACUAAGCUUUAUGUCAGGGGCUGGGUAAGCUGGCAAAUGAUUUGGAGGAAUGAGCAGAUUAAUGUUAUUGGUGUUAAUGAGGGCAUUAUUGUCUAAUGGGGUGUUAGGAAAUAUGAGAAUGGAGUGUUAAUAAGGCUGGAGAGAAUGUGGUUAGUAUGUGUGGAUGUAGGUGGCUAUUUAUGUGUUUGUGUGUGGCUGGGUGUGUAUGUUUGGCUAUUCAUGUAUGCGUGUCUCUGUGUAUUAGGCCAUCCUUGUAUGUGUGUGUGACUAUUCAUGCAUGUGUGUCACUGUGUAUUUAGCUGUUUGUGUUUGGCUGUUUGUGUGUGUUUGGGAAAUUGUGUGUUUGGAUACUUAUGUAUUUGUGUCUCUGUUGUUGCCACUUUUCUGUGUGUGCACAUGUUUGUCUGUUUGUGGAGUUGUGUACUUGGCCCCUAAUGAAAUAUUAUGCUACUUAGAAUAAAACUAUUUUUCCUUCCUACUCCAAAGGGUGAAUAGCCAUUGUGCCCUGGUAGUAUUGUAUCCUAUUUUUCUCAGUUAGGCCACUUGGUUUUAUUUGCCCUAGGCCAAAAUGUGCUUGUCUCUGCUUUAUUAUAUGCUUUCAGAUCACACAUCUUUUUUUUUUUUACUAAACCCUAUUGUGCCACUAUAUGUAUCUUGAAGGCUCCUGUAACUAUACCUCUAUGAAUUGGAGCACUUAAUUCCAGACAGUCAGUCCACAAUUAUCCUUACAAAACUGUAUGACCCCAAGUGUAUAUGUCCUUUCUUCCCAAGGCUUGCAAUGCCUCAAGGUUAAAUGAAGAGAGCUGUCAGUUCUGAAGUUCAUAUUGUCAGGCUCUGAAAAGCACCAGUGCCCCGAUACUGAGUUCACAAGAAUAUAUCAUCACAACAACUUAAUGUUUCUUAAUGUGGUGUCUGGUUUUGAGUAAGGUAGAACCACAGUAAUUAUUGCUGAAGAAAAUCUAGACCACACACACAUUCCUAGAAAAUGAGUUCUAGUUUUAACUUUUAGCCACAGUGAAUGUUUCUUCUACCCAUUAGGCAAAUGAAGUCAUUUCUCACUGGAAACAUGGGUGUAUGCAUAAAAGACUUUUGUCAUAUCUGCCAAAUGCCCUAAAAUGAGCUGCCAGCCUGAACUUAGCAAACUUGUCCUCAAGAUUCAUUACUCUGUGUAAAACAUAUUCCCAUGGUUACAAAUCAGACACAAGAGAAUUCAAUUAAUUUCUCUCUGUCUCCUAUCCUAGCACCAGGUCAGAGCAACCCUUUGUUGAUAUCACAUGAGGCAUUUGUUUGCAUGAUUUAAAACAUUUUAUUGCAAAAGGAGUGUCCCAGGAUGCACAGUAUUGUUUAAAAUUACAAAUCUCAGGCAUGGUCACCCAGUCCGAGAUCCCACGUCCUUGUAAUUAUGCUUUGCUGUAGUUGUUUGCAUUUUGAGAAAAACAAGGAGAGCGAAAAUAAAUCCGUUAUUGGGAAAUACUUGCCUGCUGGUAUCAGUUUAAUUAAAACAUAAUAUUUAAUAUAUUGAUUAAAAGUAUUACUGUUGGAAAUCAACAGAAUUUUUUUUUAUUGAUUUAAGACUAUCUACAAUAUAAACCAAAUAAUAUAAAGAAAAAGAAAAAUUUGUUAAAGGAAAAACUUCUUAUAUAUCAAAUAAUCCCAAAACAUAUAAGAUGAAAAAUGCACACAUAUAUAAAUAUAUAUAUAUAUGAUACAAAAGAUCCAGAGCACUCACUCAUCAGUAAACAGUAAUUUUAAAGCUCACAGAUGUUUUUAGAUUUUUAAAAACACCUACUCCAGGCAAAAAUAAUGGGGGUUUAGUUACAGUAAAUUAUCAUACAAUGCAUAAGCCUGCCACAACGUCUAUGUACCCCAUCUUUGGCAGGUCCUACUCUAAUAGGGCCCUGGACUGAGUCACCUGUGACAGGGACGGGUGCAAAACCAAGGAGUUGGCAUAGGAGUAUCCCAUUUAUGCAUGUUCUUGUUAGUGCAGCCUACUGGUUUCAUAUAUGUGUGUGUGUGUGUGUUUAUCCCAAAGGUGAUUUGGGCUACUAUCAAAAUUUAAAAUUAGGAUGGAAGCAGGUGUUGCAUAAUAAUGUCAUUGCACACGUCUGCUAGCAAUGAUGUUUAGGUGUCUUAAAUGUCCCUUGCCUGUCCUUAAAAAGAUAUUUUACUCACGUUAUUUCCAGUGCUGGCUUGGUCAUGGUUGCCUCCGCCCUGCCUCUUUGGCUAAGAUUAUCAAAUCUGGCAAUCUCAGCUAAUCCAAUGCUGACCCUGGAAGCACCUCUAGUUGCCAUCUGGAUGACUGCCACUAGAGAUGUUCCUAGGCUCUAAUGUAAAAAUUGCCUUUUAUCUGAAAAGGCAGUGUUAACAUUAAAAAGCCUGCAGGGACAGGUUGUAAGCACCAGAGCUACUUUGAACUGUAGUUGUUCUGGUGUCUAUAGUGUCCCUUUAAGCAGUAAUGUCUAGUGAUUUUCUUUAGGGAUAACAAUAUUGAACGGUUACACAUUAAUUGUGCAGGUUUUAUUUGAUUUGGCCCCCAAAAUGUUCAUCCAAUAAUAUUAAGCCCUCAUGUAUGAAUAGAUUGGACAGUACUGCUCUAGUAUUCAGCUGUAUUUAGUAAGAUUGUUCCCAUUCAUUCCUCAGCACCACUUGACAUCCAUAGUUUGGAAAUGUUAAACUUGAGUCCGUCACAAAACCAGAUGUGAGCCCCUGCUUUGUUUUAUUAGACAGACAGUGCUCUGGUUCAGCUGCUUCUUGCCAAAUAUGUUAGUUUUCAGUGUUUUCUUUCAUAGCACAUGAAAUAGACCUGCUUGCAGCAAUCACAGCUAUAUUUUAUAGGCAAAGCUUUAAAAAAAAUACCCUUUUUAUGGUUUCCUCUUUAUGCCUGUAGAGAGGCUUUUAUUAUUACAUCUACCGGUGCAUCUAACAGGGAAGGCUGAAAGUUAGCAGGUACACUUCCUGUCUGGUACUGCUCGUAAAGAGAGGGAGAAAAAUCAUUGAGGUGACCUCUUAAGUGUCAUAGUUGACAAUGUAAAGGUGCCUCACAGCAAUACACUACUUUAACAUAGCUCAAGAACUUUCACUUGUGAGUGUUAGCAGAACAGACAUAAUGUAUGUGUUCUAUUUUGCUGACAGAACGGAUUACAACUGAAGUCAUUACAAGAGCUGGAAAUGGCUUUUGAAUAAGUAAUCACCUGGAGCAAAGAGCCUUUGUAUAGCUUCUGAAUAUGCUGCAGCUAACAGCCUCUAUAUAUUAAUACUGAGAAUAAAUAUAGUAAAUAGUUUUUAGAUGUAUUUAUUUUUUUAGUUUAGAUUUAGCCAGGAAUUUGACUUAAAGAGACACUCCACUCGCCAAAUACAAUUUCAGUAAAAAAAAACUGUUUAGUAGAUAUCCCCCAUGAAAACAUGAAUCCAUUUAAUUGUGCAUUUUUUUCAUUGGGGUUAUAUCUGCUGCAUUUGCAAACACUCGCCUUUUAACCCCGCCCACACUUUCUGUGGCUCUACAAUCAUAGACUUCCCAAUGCAGCUCAAUGAGGAGUCUUUGCAAGUCAGGUGCUCUGAGCAAUUGCUGCCUCUUGAGUUUAGCUCCACUGAGCUAACCAAACCAGGAAGUAAUAACUUGUCUGCUUGAAAGCCAAGGGAGUGUAACCAGGUUAAUUUAUAAAAGUGUCAAUUUCUAUUGAAAUCUGCACUUUUUGAAAAAUUUAAAAAAAGAGGACACACUCUUCACACAUGAAGCUUUUCUGCCCUAGGGGUCUGGAGUGUCCCUUUAAUUAUAUAAUCUGAAUUAUAAAGGACAGUGUGCAGCACUGAAGUUCAGCGUCUCCACGGUUUGCAUGGAGACGCUGAAUGCAAUAUCUAUGAGGAAAUGCUGAUUGGUGCAGCGUGACGUCUUGCUGCGCAUACACACUUGCCUGCUAGUGCUUUCCUGUGGGAAAGCAUUGGAUUGGCUGAGAUGGUAAAAUUUGAUGAUCUCAGCCAAGGGGGCAGAAUGGGCAGAGAAAGGUGAGUAAAACACCACUUUAACAGGAGGGGAGCAAGGGGGGCUGGAAAGCCUAAAUGGCAAUUUUACUUCCUAAUACUGUAGUGUUUCUGCAAUGUAAAUAUUACCAUAUGAUUGUAUUUACUGGAAAACUACAUAACUUGUCUUAGGGUUCAUUCAUUGCAUUCAACUACAGUCAGACAGUUUUGCAUUCCUAAAACUAUAGUCUUCCUUUAACAUUUUUAAAUGUUUUAGUAUCUGGCCAUUUAGAAAAUAUACAUGUUUUAUAGGGUAAGACAGGAUGACAAGUAUUACAUGAAUAAUGAUUCUGACUGUAUGCGGAAAAUCAAUACAAGGCUUUGUACUCUGUGUGUGGUUAAUCGAUGUUGAAUUUAUUUUGGAGUAUGCAUUAGAUUGAAAUAAAGAUGAGAAAAAUAGCUAUUUCUACUGGAUAAACGCGAUUAGGCCAUAUUGAAAAUUAUGGUGGGAACUAUCAGUGAGAACUGGGGGAUCAUAAUAAACAAAGGAUUUUUAUUUGUUGAUAACUAAAGUAAUGUAGGAACACAAACAAAAUGACUUAAAGGGCAUCUGCAGUCCCAAAAAUAACAAUCAUUAAAGGGACACUAUAGCACUCAGGCCAUUUCUUUACAUUGAAGUGGUCUGGGUGCAGUUCUGUUGACUUUAACCCUGCAAUGUAAAACAUUGCAGUUUCCCCUUCUAACCUGACCCAGACUUUCUGUGGCUGCCCAAUCAUAGGCUUACCAAUGCAGCUCAAUAAGAAGUCUUUGCAUGGCAGGUGCUCUAGGAAAUUACCUUUCUCUUGAGUUUAGCUCCACUGAGCUAACCAAACCAGGAACUAACAGGACCUGUUGUCUGAUUGGUUUUCUAAUAAAAAUUUAAAUGAGUGUGUAUGUAUAUAUGAGUGUGUCCGCUUGUUUGUGUAUGUGUCAUGUUUAUGAUCGCCGAUCUCACCUGCAGUCACUUCCGAUACAACCCCACCCAUGCGUCUUAAGUUACAUGCUUCCGUGUUAAAAGGAAGCCGUGGGUAAUAUGAAAUUGCUCAGUCAAUUUGUUCCAAUUUGUUACCAAGUGCCCUCUGAGCUCCCUGUGUUACCAAGCUGUGUACCAAACCUCCAAAACCGACAUUUCUGAACUCUUUACUCCCUGGACACGGAACGGACUUUGACUACUUAUCUCUUUACUCCAAACUGAUAUUGCUGAACUACAGUCUUCUGAAAUACAGAAAGGACUCUCUCUGAUCACCAGCUUCCACAAGUUCUUCUGUUAUACUGGGAAUUGCUGAAUUGUUCAAGUCAUUCAGUUUAAUCCUCUCAAAGGGUGAAUCCAGUCAAUACAAAAGUCAGUUCACUGUGCUUUAAUAUAUUACUGUAUUUAAAUUGCAACCUAAAUAUAUCCUGCACAACUCCUGCAUAUAUACUUAUUGUUUAUAUGGCUACAUAUAAUUCAAUUGGACAUUGCUUAAGUACUCAAAUAAGGAUCUGCAUACUAAAGAUUGAAUUGCUACUGAAAGUUGUUCUGCUAUUACCUAAGCAAUAAUACAAUUACUUUAAAGGAUCACUAUAGUGUCAGGAAAACGAAGCAGUGCCCCCACCCUCAGGGUCCCCCUCCCGUGGCGCUGAAGGGGUAAAAACCCCUUCAGCCACUUACCUUAAUCCAGCACUGGGCUCCCUAGGCGCUGGUGACCUCUCCUCCCUGCCUACGCCAGCUCCCCCAUCCGACGUCACUGGAGCCGCGCGCACGAUCAAAGUGUCCAUAGGAAAGCAUUUCUCUGUCAGGGAGACAGCCAUUAGAGGCUGGAUUAACCCCAAAUGUAAACAUAGCAGUUUCUCUGAAACUGUUAUAUUUACAUGUGAAGGUUUAAAACCUUAGGGAUCAAAAAUGUGCAACAUUCCUCACCUGCUAUGUUCAUGUUCUCAAAUGUAUAACAGUUAUGGGCUCACACAUGCUGUUGUAGCAGUGCAAGGCAAUUUAUGAUUUUUUGCACAGUAAAAUAAAGAAUUAUAAAAAAAUAAAAACCUGAGGGAUCUGGCACCCAGACCACUUCAUUGAGCUGAAGUGGUCUGGGUGACUAUAGUGUCCCUUUAAAUAUUCUUAAAGUGACAGUAUAAAAUUAUUUCAGAAUCUGCAAUUGAGUUCCAAACAAACUUUUAUUCCUAAGUAUUACAGUAUGUGUGUAUCAAUACGUGUAUGUAUAUCUGUGUAAGUAUGUAUGUGGUAGUGUAUGUGCAUACAUUCCAGGAAAGACCAACACAACAUGCAAACACAGCCCUGCAAUCAAGCACAAACACGACACACAAGUACACCACUGCAUUCCAAUGGUAACAGUACAUACAAAUAAACCUCUACAUGCACACACAUACACUCUAUAAAAAAACAUGCUUACAUUCAAGCACUCACAAAUACAAUCCUGCAAGGAUUGGCAAUUUGUAGCUCCCCAGCUGGCAUAGUAUUAUAUUAGUUGUAGAACAGAUGGGGAUCUACCAUUUGGCCACCCUUGCGCUAGAGGGGAGCCCCCCAAAUAAAUGUUGCACCAGUGUCCUCUCUACACGAGUUCCACUACUGGGAACAAACAGGCUUACAAUCUAAAUAAUAUAGGUUGGUUUGUUAGCUGAUGAAACAUUUGCUAGUAGAAAAUAACAAUCCUUUCCACCUGAUACCUUACUUAUUUUUACAGGUCAAUAACUGAACAAGAGAAUAUCAUCCAUCAGUUGCUCAUGUGUUUUCUAGUUUCUCAAGGGUACAAUAAACAUUCAAAUUGUAGCAGAUUGUUGAGCAAAAUUACAAUUGAUUUAAAAUAAUUGUUACACAUUGAAGCUAAACAAAUUUAAUAUGCAACCAGAAGUGAGCUACAUAAGAAAACUGCCGCUGUAUGGGCACGCCAAUCCAUAGCGACUCCACCUUUCCACAGGAUUUCAUUUUAUGGACUGGCCGUUGUGCAAAGCAGCACCUGAUGGGCGAGUGGAAUUUUACUAAAGUUUCUGGGCAAACGUUUCUGCUUGUGCCAUUUCCCCAGCAGGAGGUUCCAAAACCCUGAUACAUUGAUUAUGAUAUAGGAUUAUGGCACUCAGAAUUCAAUAGCAGCAUAUCUAAAAUAAAAACAGAUAGUUUGGGCCUAUUGCACUGUGUGGUCUUACGCUUGUGCUCCAACAGCCCCUCUAUUAAUCUGUGUUGGCAUAUACCUUACACACCAAGAUAACUAGAUCAGCCUUUGUGUGGUCUGUUAAUUUGUUUUGUGCUGUAAAUCCCGCUUUCACACGUGAACAUCUUUUAUAACAGCUUGACACUGCAGUAUUUGACCACAAACCCCUUUACUUGGUUUGAGGCCUGCUGUCCUCUCUACUCCACUGCUGUUAGCAUUCAUUUUCUUGUAUUGACAUGUAAGGAGCUGAAAUAUUUUAGAUGUUGCUGAUGUCAAGGUGGAUUUAAAAGCUUUGUUUUCUGGGAGGCGUUUAUCAUAAGCGAAUGGUAGGCAUAUCAUUAGAAAUCAUUAGCUCUCUGUGAAUUAUCCUUUAAAUGUCAGGCUGAUUUUUAAAUUGUCAAUUAGUGCACAUCUCAGCACAUGCCCCCUUGUAACGGUGUAAAAGGAGGGGGAAUUAAAUUUAAAACUGGCAGCUCAGAUGCAAACUGUCAACCAAAAGAAAAAUAAUUGCAUGGGCAUGGUAAUAAAACAUUUGUUUUUUUAUAUUAUAAAAAUGUGAUUAUAGAGUGGAUGAAAAUGCUUCCAUCCAACCUGACAGGUUUGUGUGCUGUACAAUUGUCCCCAGUAGUCAAUAGAUUUAUUCUGAACAAAACAAUUUAUGCUUUCCUGAGGUAAAUUAUAACAUGUGUUACUACAGCAAACAUUAAACAUUUGUUUUUAUAAAUGUAUGGUGUAUGUUCUAUUCAAAAGGGUUUUAGAAAAUGUAUAGAGUUAAAUAAUCAACAUUUAUACAAUAAUAAAUACUGAAUCACAGACUGUCAUACCUCCCAACAGUCCAGGAAUCAGUGUGACAGUCCUGAUUUGUGUCUUUAUCCUACCAAUUAGGUUUAUUUUCUAGUGUCCUAAUUCUGGGACACGAGAGACAAAUAUGUUCUGCUCGUGCAUGCCAUCAGUAUACCUCCCAAGUGUCCCUAUUUAGGCAGAACAGUCCCUGUUUCAUGUCCAAAUUCCUCUGUCCUUCUUUUCUAUGAUAAUGUCCCUCUUAUCUCGGCGCUCCAUAUUGUGGAUGUGUCUGACUGUAUAACAGAGCUGCACAGAAAUAAUACUCAUAGUAAUGUAUCUUUAAACUACAGUAAUAUGUGUUUCGAAACCAGCCUGUGUUAAUAAGAUACGUACAUCUUUAUGAGUAAAUCAUGUAAAAUUUCAGAACACCCCUGCCAUUGGCCAAAUCCCAAAUCACACCCUUAAAAUGAAAGUGUCCCUCCUUGUACAUUUGAAAUAUUGGGAUAUUGGGUGUAUUACUCGUGGCCCAUUGUAUCACAUGCAAUGCAACUAAUGGUGCAUCCCACCUCACAAGAUUAUGCACUAAAUUGUGAAUUGUUGUGAGCACACCAGGGAAAUGUACUGGAAAUAUAGGUGAUUUGGUGAAUUUUCCAGUUUGCUGUUUUGAACUAUAAUAUGCAGUAAACAUACAGACUAUAUAUAUAAUGAUAAUACAACAAUAUAAAUGUGUGAUCUCUAAAAUGUUUGAUAGGUCGCGCCGUUCUAUAGUAUUAUAUGCGCUUUAACACAUCUUUUGUUAUAAUAAUUUCAGAAUUGCUGAAAGGUUAAUGCCACUUUUAAUCAAGAAGAUAGAAUGUCACUUGUAAUAAAACUAAUGUACUGAGCUGGGACUGUCUGAAGAUACUGUGAACAAUCAAAUAAGUACACUGUGCUCCAGGGAGGCAUCCCAGAAUGUCUAAGCUAUUUAAUCUUUCUUUGCUUCUUGUCAUUGUAUCACUAGUAUCCUUUUGUAUUUGCCCAUCACUAAUGAUUCAUGCUUAAUUCUCUCUAUGAAAUGGUUGUAUCUAAAUAUAGUUGGAGUUGACAAAUGCCUGUUAAUGCUUUAAAGGGGCACUCUAUGCACUAAAACAACUUUAGCUUAAAGUAACACUAAAGCGUAAGGAAUAAAAGCCUGUAUUCCUGACGGUGUAUUCCAUCUGUGCUGCCUACGUCUCCUCCUUCCACAACAUCAUCAGGAGUAGUGGCUACCUCCAACACGGUCCAAUCCAGUGCUCCUCAUAUAGGAACAUUGGAGACCUGAUGCUCAUCCAAGCUUAACCGUAGGAAAUUGUUGAAUCAAUUCCACAGAAACACCUCUAGUGGCUGUCAGGAAAAUAAACAUUAGAGGUGGUCUUAACUGUGCAAUGUAAACUAAAUAACUGCAAUGAUUUAUGAUGGACAGGCCCACUGAACGUGGGCCACUUCAUUGAGAUGAAGUGGCCUGGGUGAGUUUAGUGAACCUUUAACAAAGGAAUGAAUUUAAUUUGGUGUAUAGAUCAUGCCUCUACAGUCUCUAUAUGGAGCACUAUAUGGUCAGGAGCACAAACAUGUAUUCCUGACCCUACAGGGUUUAAACCACCAUCUAGCCACCCUGAUCCCCUCAUGCAUCCCCAAAAAUAGUACAAUUUUACUUGUAUUCAAGUCUGGAGCUGCAGGCUUUGUCCCUGUUUCCUGUAGACCUUCCCACAGCCUGCUGACAUCAUCCAAUCACAAUGAUUCCCCGUACGAUUACCUGAGACUUAAAAGAGGCAGAUCGUGGCAGAGCCAGCACAAUUCGAACACAGCCCUGGCCAAUCAGCAUCUCCUCAUAGACAUGAAUUUAAUCAAUGAAUUUCUAUGAGGAAAGUUCAGUGUCUGCAUGCAGAGGGAGGAGACACUGAAUGUUUGUAUGUAUUUUAGGCAGCCAUGACCCAGGAAGGAUCUCUAACAGCCAUCUGAGGAAUGGCCAGUGAAGUUAUCACUAGGCUGUAAUGUAAACACUGCAUUUUCUAUGAAAAGACAGUGUUUACAGCAAAAAGCCUGAAGGUAAUGAUUCUACUCACCAGAACAAAUGCAAUAAGCUGUAGUUGUUCUGGUGACUAUAGUGUCCUUUUAAAGAAUUAAUUACAUUUUGUUUCUGUUAAUGCAACCCUCACAACUCCUCCACGGACUGUGACUCUCAGAGCUGGGGCUCACAUAUCCUGCAUGGUUUUAUUUCAUAUAAGAUCUUACAGCACAAUGUGUUUACCUUAUAAGGUCUUAUCUCAUGCUUUCUUAAAUUUACUUAAAUCACAUAAGGGAGGCUCCUGCAGGCCUCAGCAAGGUAUUCACAGAUCAGGAGCAAGCAGGAGAAAAUAGAUUUGAAAUUAAACACACUCUGCAAUUAGAGAAGCUAAACAAUGUACAGGUGGCCCAUAAAUCCUUACCCAUCCAGCGCUCAGAUACACUGGAUACAUAAGAUAUAUGGAUGGGUAGGGACUCAUGGGCCACCCUGUAGACUCUUUUUCAGGAAACUAUAUAGGUAGGCUGUAUGAGUCUCAGCUAGGAAAGGUUUCGCUAGGGCUUCAUAGACUAAGUGAUUAACUCCUAAAUGGCAGAGGAUUGAGGAGUGAUACUGACGGUGUAUAAUCUAUAUAUCAAAACCACUUUAUUCAUGCUUUGAAUGUCCCUUUAACUAUUCUGCAGGCUUUCAGGUGAUAGUGAAAGAGUAUAAGAUAUAAAAUAUGUAAUUAGAAAUGACAAUAUGAUCUGUAAUUAGUAUUUUAUUAGAGCCCUAACAUUUGCUUGCUGUAAUACUGGCAUAAAUGAAAAAAAUAUGAAAAAUAUGGGUGUUGGGUGUAACUGCAUUGCAAAGAAGACUCUAAAGGAAUUAAGGAAUUAUAUGUAAUUUGGUCAGAUUUUAAUUAGUAAUCUUUUGGCAUUAGUCCUACUUUAUUAUUUAAUACAUAAAAAAUGUGUAAUCUCACUCUUGCGUUACCAUAAAAGCCUUGUGUAAAUACAAAUCUCUCUGUGAGAUGUUUUGCUAAUCUGUUCAUCUUAACGCACAUUAGUCCAACGUAAAAAAACAAAAAACACUUAGAUCAAUGAAAACAUUAAGUCACUUGUAGUGCUUGGCUACAAGCUAGACUUCUUGCACUUAGGGUACAUAAGAAAAGUAUAUCUGCUAUCUGUUGAAUUCAUGUUUUAGAUUUAAAAAAAUAAAAUAAAUAACUGCCCACAUGAUAUGUGAAAACACAGAAGUUGGAUUCUGAACAACUGGUUUAUGCUGCAUGACACAAUUAUAAUGAUGCAUGUUAUGUGUUUAAAGGACCACUAUAGUACCAGGAAAACAAACUUGUUUUCCUGGCACUAUAGGGUCUUUAGGUCCCCCCCAUCCUCAGGGUCCCACUCCCGCCGGGGUCAAGGGGGCUGAAGGGGUUAAACACUUACCUUUCUCCAGCACCGGGCUCCCUCGGCGCUGGGGAACUCUCCUCCUCCCGACGUCAGCGCUGAAUGCGCAUGCACGGCAAGAGCCGCGCGCAUUCAAAUAGUCCAUAGGAAAGCAUUUCCCAAUGCUUUCCUAUGGACAUCCAGUGACUUCUCACUGUGAUUUUCACAGUGGGAAGUGCGGAAGCGCCUCUAGCGGCUGUCAAUGAGACAGCCACUAGAGGCUGGAUUAACCCUAAUGUAAACAUAGCAGUUUCUCUGGAACUGCUAUGUUUACAGCUGCAGGGUUAACACUAGAGGGACCUGGCACCCAGACCACUUCAUUAAGCUGAAGUUGGCUGGGUGCCUAUAGUGGUCCUUUAACCUCUUAACAACUUUGCAUUUCUUUAUCCAUGAACUCAGAGCAUUACCUUUUUCACAAACAUUGCUUUUUUCCUUUAAUUUUAUAUAAUCAACAAUUUAACUUUUAAUAAAAUGUCAUGGAGGUAAAAGCACGUCGGUGACAAGACUUAAAGGAACAUAUAGUGCAGGGCUCGGCAAAUCCCAGGUCACCAUGGCAACUAUGAACUUUGUCCUGGCAUUUAAUAGCCCUUUCCCUCCAAGGCAGUCAGCCAGCUGAGGGAGCCUGUAAACUGGCGGCAAGUGAACUGUAAUCUUCAAGUUCUUCUUGCUCUGCUCCCUCAAGUACCCUGCAGUGAUGCUGGGAGCCAGAAUAUAACAUCACUCCGGCCCCACCAUCAUAAAACUGCACGCAAGUAAACAGAACAAAAAGAGCUUGACGAUUACAGCAGCCACACUGGAUGCUAGGGAAGGGAUCCACUCCAGCUUUCCCAAAGAUAGGGAGGCUGCAUAGACUUAAAUUGAAUUAAAACAACUAGUUUGUGUGUGAGAGAAUUUGUGUCUGUCAAUUAGUGUGUGUCUCUGUCUGUCAGUGAGUGUGUGUGUGUGUGUCUGUCAGUGUGUGUGUGUCUGUCAUUGUCUGUUUAGGUGACCGUCCUCCCUCCUAUUGCACAGGAAAGAUGUUUUUACUUACCUUUUUCCCCAUGCUGUACCGGUCUUGCUGGCCCCACCUCCAUGGCUGAGAUACUCAAGUUUGAUGAUCACACUCAAUCCAACGCUGCUCCUAUCAGCAUCUCCUCGGUGAGAUGCAUUGAGGUAGAGAUGGUGCUUGCAGCAGUAUGAACACUGGCUUUUUUCUGAAACGUGUGUGCAUGUGGGGUGGGGGAGCAGUAGCUUUUUGCAUUUUGGGAUGUCUGGUAUAGCGUUAGGAAUACAAAACAUAUAUUCCUAAUGCUGCAGUGCCCCUGUCUCUAGUUUGAUUCAGGUCCCCCCAGUGUGCAAUAAAAUGAGUAAAAUAAAAUCUUUACUUAUUGCUUUCCAGUGCCUAGUCUCCCUUGGUGCUGCUCAUCUCUCCACCUCUCAGAACGUCACCAAGGAGGUAAGGCCCUUCAGGUGAUGGUCCAAUUCCAAAUGCACACGAGUGUACCAGAUGCACGUGUAUAUGAAAACUUCCCAAUAGGAAAGCAUUGCAUUCAGUGCUUUCCUACAAGCAUCCACGUCAUGUGACCGAGUUUUACUCCGUCAGUGCCUCUAGUGGCUGUCAGUACUAUAGGUCGAUUUAACCAUUCGAUGUAAACAUUGUGGUUUCUAAAAUAAAGGAAAUGCUUUACAUUCCAGGGUUAAAAAGAGAGGGCCACUACACCCAGACCAUGUCAUUGAGAUGACGUAUCUGGGUGACUAACAGCAAGGUGUAAACGUUACUUGAUUAGUUAUGGCUGUGUGAUAUAUCAUGAUAUACAUUUUUCAAUCUGCCCAUGCAGGUAUCCAGGUAUCAGUUGAAUAAGGAUAAUUAUGUGACAUUCACUGUAACUACUUGAGUAGAAUAAAUGUAUACAAGCUCCUGCUGUGGGUCAUCUUAAUGUUAAUCCCCAAAACAUCUGUUUUGAUGGAUUACUGCAAAUUAGCUAAAUUGUGGGUUAUAGCAAAAUCAACCCAUCACUAUAAAAGUCCAACUAGAUUAGGACCAAAAGCAUCACACGUUUUACAGUAAGAAACUUAAUUCUUCUCCUUCAUUCUGAAAGGAAUCUGCCAGCCGAAUGGUAUAUACACUAUACUGGUAUACUAUACUGGUGGCAGAACUAAUGUAAAGAGGGCCUUGGGGCAAGACAUUUUUUGGCCCCCACUCUAGUGCAAAUGUUGCUAAAAGGUAGGUCCUUAUCCCCAAUAUCUACCUUUUCCCCAUCCUUGCAGGAUUGUAUUUGUGAGCAGUGUCUGUGUGUUUGAAUGAAGCAUGUUUUUGUAUGGUGGUGGGAUGUAGAGGUGUUUUUGUAUGUACUGUUACUAUUGGAAAGCAGCGGUGUACUUGAAUGUAAAAUUUGUGUUGGAUUGCAGGAGUGUGUUUGCAUGUUGUGUUGGUGUUUGAUUGCUAGGAUGUAUGCACAUACACAGCUGCAUACAUGCAUACUUACAGAGAUAUACAUACACAAUAGAGGGACACUAUAGACAGCCAGACCACUUCAUCUCAUUGAAGUGGUCUGGGUGCACUGUCCCCUUAACCCUGCAAUCUAAAACAUUGCUGUUUUAGAGAAAGUCAAAUUGUAUUCCUAACACUAUAGUGUUCCUUUACACACACACACACACACACACAGAUAUACACAAAUAAACACACUGACACAUAUACACACAUUCAGAAACACUCUGACAUAUACAUGCACACAUAGAUACACAAACUGAUACAAAUACCCUGACACACACACACACCAACAGAUACACACACUGACACAUACACAUAUCAUGACUCAAUAGGAUAUGCACGCUGACACACAGAUACACACAUACAUAUACCCUGACAUAGAUAUACACACUUUCUGACACACAGAUACACACACUGACACAUAGAUAAACACACAGACACAUACACACAAUCUGACACAUUGAUACACACACGGACACAUACACAAAUCCCAGGGUCCUGCUGCCCCCCUCCUGCCUGUGCCACCACCUCUACCAUAUCCUCUUGCGCAUCACUCUACAAGCUCUCACUUCCUUCAAGCACUGCCUGCCACUAUGAGAGGAGCCCAAUCUGUGCUGUUAAAGAUUUAAAGAGCAAGUCCAGGCUCCUGUUCAGCAAUGUGACCACCUGAUAGGCCCCUCCAGCCCAGUGCUGCCGCAAAUUUUUUUGGUUUGGUGCCCUUCAUCAGGCUUGCCCUUCAACAAUGAUACAAAUAUGUCAGUGAGUGGAUUAUCACAUCCUCCCGUAAUGUCUUAUAUAUGGGGGGAAAUUCAUGUAGUGAACAAAACAAGCUCACAACACAUUUUUGAGACCUAAAGUUUGGUAGAUUUUUCGUGCCUCGUGUGCAGUAACUAGUUUGAUUAGGGAUCCAACAGUCACCCAACUAAGGCAUACCUCUUAAGUGUCUCUAUAUAGGAGGGUCUAAUAUUGGUCCAAAUCCCUCAAUCCUUCUAUGCUAUCAUAAUGUUCCUCGAGUCUUCUCUAUCGAACGUCCCUCUUUUUUAGGAGCUUCAUGUUGUUGGUGUGUCCGAGUGUAUAACAGAGAUCCACCAGAGCUCCACAGCAAUAGCACAAUAAUAGAAACCAGUCCGUUUCAAUAAGAUACAUUGUUUUUGUUCUAAAUUAUAUUUUAGUUCAAUAAAUUGUUAUGAGUCAGUCACCUACAAUUUCUCAGAACAGCCCCAACCCUUCCCUACACACUUACUCACGUCCCUCAAAUGAAAGUGUCCCUCUUUGUCCAUUUGAAAUGUUGAAAGGUAUGCCUAAGAAAUGGAAAACUGUUUAGGAUUUAAGACAUAUUUACAUGUGAUCAAUGAUGUGUGAUCUAUUUGUAAAAAUUUCGAUGAAGGUCAGUGAAUGCUGGGGAAACAACCAGGGGUGUAAAAAAAAUCUACAAAAUCUAUGCAAACAGACAAGGUCACCACAAAACUUAGCAGCAGAGACUGACCCGUCCGACUGGCUGAAAAGUUAUGCAGCUUGCAUCUUGCAUAUUACAUUGCAAGAUUUCAGGAACUUGUUCUCUCUUCUUGUUAAAAGUAUGUGGGGUUUUAUUCUUCUGGUAUUUUUUCUUCUGUAUUUUAUGGCCUCAGUCUGGAAAACAGUACUGUGAUUUACAAAGAGGUUUGAUUUUUCUCAUAACAACUUAAUAUUGACCUUGACUAAAAGUACAUGCCGCUGUACAUAUGCCUUUUAGCAUCAGGCUAAAAAUAACUCUUUAAGUAGAUGAGAGUUGGAUAGAUCUUAUUUACCCGUUUUUAAAUAUCCUUUUAUUAUUUAAGGAAUUUGUGAUCAAUGCAAAAUAUAUAUAUACGUUGGAGGCAUUAUCUUUUUCAGUUAUUAUACAUUGGUUAACUUGUCUAAUUCUAGAUUUAUUUUAACAUGUCAAACACACAAAGGGAUUUCUUAUUUUUAAAAUUAAAGGUGAAUGACAAAUAAUACCGGUAUGACUUCCUUACCGGUACUUUCUGAAUUCCCAAAUAACACUGGGCUGAAUAAUCACGUUUUCUUUUUUCUUAAGAACAAUGCAAAUACCACUGCAUGAUACUGAAGAGAACAUGGUGACUCUCUUUUUGAAUGUGAAUCCAUUUCAAAUCCUCAUCUACUGUUAAUUAUCAGGAAAUAGCUAGGACCAUUUAUCUUCUGAUUAUUUUAUUUUAAUCCUCCAUCCUAUAUCCAUGGAGAAGUUGCCUGCUAUAUCUUUGAACCUUGCACCAAAAAUUGUGAUGUGUAGGAACUGGAGUAUAUUAAAGGGGCUACAAUGGUGAUAGUAGCCCAGUAAUCCUCAUUUUAAGGUUUACUGUAACCAAAAAAUUAAUUUCUUAAAUCCCUGGUUUUGUUUGGAGCAACCCUUUCUGAGGUUGUCAACCCGUUUCCCAAACGGAAAGUAAAUCAAGUGUAAAGCAUAAACUUACCUUGGUUCCAUUCUCCAUUUCUCCUCUAAACCCAAUCCUUCUUGGCUGAUGUCACUCCUCCUCCAUAGAACAGGAGCAGCGCAGAGGGGGUGUGUGACAUCAGUUUGCGUCCCAUUCUGCACAGAAUUGACAUUAGCCAGCCUGGAGCUUUGUUCCUGGCAGGUUAAUGAUUCUGCCGGAAGAAGAGUUAGAUCUCCAGCAGCAAAGAGGAUAAAACACAGUAUUUCAAAGCAAAACACUGCACAUACAGAUUACAGCCACCAUGACCAAAGGGGUUGUAGUCCAUGGAGUAACUCUUUAAGUAUUUAUAUUAACAGUGAGCAGAUAUUGUGGAUUCCUUCCCCUUUACAUGAAAAAACAGGCAAAAUAAUAUCUCUAAUAAGUGCUUCCAAUUUUGCCAGUUUGGAGGAAAUAUAGUAAAUAAUAUGCGUUUAUUUCUAUAGCAUUCAGUGCAUUUCAUUGCUAAUUUUUUUUUUUACAGCAGAAACUGAUUUGCUCUUAAUUGCAUAAGCACAUUCUGGAUAAUUCCCUUAAACCACCAAGGAAUUUCAUUUCGUGUAUAUCUGAAUUCCGCUAUAGGGAAAAUAAAAUGGAGAUGUUCACCGAAUUCUGCAAAUCCAGCGUCUCUUCAUAUUUUUUGAAUAAUCCUUUGUGUGAAGAAAAUAUGUUGAGCCUGAAGCAAUUCUAAACAUAUGAGGAGAUGAGAAAAUAAAAACAUUCCACAAAAAUUAAUUCUACAGUGAGGGGAAAAAAGUAUUUGAUCCAUGCAUUUUUCUGGAUUUUUUGUUGUUGUUGUUGUUGUUAUUCUGUCUCUCAGUGUUAAAAUACAUAGGCCAUUAAAAUUAUAGACUGAUCAUUUCUUUGUCAGUGGGCAAACGUUCAAAAUCAGCAGGGGAUCAAAUACUUUUUUCCCUGUAUGUGAUUUUAUCUCUGAAUUUCCUUCUUGCCAAUUAUAUCCGGAUAUAUCCUUUAGUGUUAUUUAGGGAUUCAAAUACAUAGGUCUCCCAAACCCGCCAAGCAGGAGAGAGCCUCGUUGGUUGGGUGUGAAUACCAUGUUAAUGCACUAGGAUGGAAAGAGUUCACAAAGUUGCAUUAGACAGAAUGGCAAUAUCUGAAUGAGAGAUCUUAUUCUUUCCAGAUUUUUGGGAUUAAUUCUCCAAAUUGUCUGAAACAAUAUUUCAAAGGAGAAAAUCUAUUGUAAAUAGCGUAUAACAUCCUAAAGGUCACUCAAGUUUUAGAGCUCUGUCAAGACCAAAAAAUGAAGUAAUUAACUCCACCUUCACAUGUCACAAAAAUAAUCAUAAUUCUAACGUGGGAAUGUACUCAAGAAACUGCACAUUGUAAAGACUGGACUACAUUUUAGGCCAGAAUAGUACAGAUGAGUCAUUUUUCAGUUUGUCAGAAUAUUGAUACAUCACCCCCCCCCGACCACCCCUCCCCCCACCCCCCCCAUCCAUUGUUUCUGUUUGCCCUGGUGAUUUGCAAAGUGUGUGUCUUGACAACCCAAUUUUUUUCAUUGUUUUCCUGUGGAGCAUCAGAACAAUUUACUGCUUUGUGUCAGAGCACAGUUAAUGCGGUUACUUAAUAAAAUUUUUAGCAUUUCUUUACUGUGAGCUUUGUUAUAGGAUUCAGUAAAUCAAUGUGACUGUAACAGUAUACAGCUAUUGAUAUAUAGUUUUGAUCAAUACUCUCAUGUAAUGAUGGAGUCCAGUUUCCGAUUCAGACUAUUCAUGCAGUGUUUGACAUUUGAUAACAUAUAAUUGCUUUGUGUGUUGCACAGGCUCAGCCAUCCCAUAAUUCUAAGUAACUUGUCUAAACUCAUAACUAAUUGAGAACUGAUUGAAUCGCCAAACUUGAGUGAUAAGCACAUUUUCCAUCAUUAUAUAUACACAGGGGUCUGAAAACUUGUCCAGAGCUCUAACCAAGAUACAGCUCUCUAUAAGAUUCUUCCUUAUUUCACUGCUCGGUCCUUCAAGAGGAAAGAAGUUCAUGCAAUAAACAUGCAUGUUAUUAGUUUCAAAUAAAUCCAAUUUAGAUCCUCCUUUUCUGGUUAACUAUGAUUUGUCUGACACAGUCAGUGCUCCCACAUUAUUACCAUUUAUUGAAGUGCAUCAAAUGUUUCUGCUCAAAGACAAGAUGAUUAUAAAGGAAAUAUCCUAAUUAGCAUUAAAUUCUAUUGUGUAGUAUUCAUAUGAUGCAAGAACAUGGAUCCCUAACAGCAGCUGGGUAGAGAUAGAUUUAUUUUUUUUAAACUGCUACGCUGUAAAUGUGUAUGUGAAUAUGAUGAAUAUGUUUAUAAAAAUAGGUUUACAAAAAAAAUCAUUAAUAGAUUUCUAAUGAAAAAAAGAGAAUUUUUAUUCAACGAAAAUUAACAGUCUCAAAUAAGUUAUUUAUUAAUUUUAUUGUGAUCUUUUAAUAGAUUACUGCCUAGGGAUCGACCGAUAUUGAUUUUCUAGAACUGAUACCGAUAAUCAGUUAACUAUCAGGCCAAUAGACGAUAGCUUACCGAUAUUCUGUACAUUUACCGUUUUGAGAAAAAAAAUAUUUUUUCAAAUCUUUCUUUUAUUAAGUGGUAAAUGCACAAAAUAUACAUGCAAGUCAGAUAUUUUUUAUGUUUUCAAGAAUAUUUAUAUGUGUGUGUGUAGUGAAUGCAGUGAGAGUAUUUGAUUAGUAAAUGCAGUGUGUGUGUGUGCAUGUUUGUGUAGUGGAUGCAAUGUGUUUGUUUGUGUAGUGGAUGCAGUGUGGGUAGUGGAUGCAGUGUGUUUAUGUGUAAAUAUGUGCGGUAGGAACACCCUCCCUCAUUCCCCUUAAUGUUCCUCUCCCUUAUCUUUUAGUGACCCCCCCCCCACCACAGUGUUCCUUUUCCCUUCCCUGUACCUUAGUGCCUUCCCUUAAUGUUCCUCUCUUUCCCCCCCUCCCCUGUACCAUAGUGUUCUCCCCCUCACCCCCAUAGUGUUCUUUACCCCCUAAACUAUAGUGUUCUUCCCUGUCCCAUAGUGUCCCCCCCCCCAUCCCAUAGCAUUUUGUGCUCCCCCACCCCUUGCUGGUCCCAUAGCGUUUUUUUCCUCCCUCCUUCCCCUCUCCCAAAGUGUAACAUCCCGCUUUCUUGUCUCCUGCGGUACAGGAGAUUGAGUCUCCUGUACCCGGCCGGACUGACACACUACACAGAGUGCCUGGCAGGAGGGAGCGCUGCGCACCCACCUCCUGCCGGUCACUCCAAUCUAGCACCCCCCGAGCCGGCGCGCCAUGGGCCAAGGCUGGCAGGGGAGACCCUUUCAUCUCCCCUGCUGGCCCAUGCAGAGCCAGCCUUGCUGUACGACCUCUCAGGCUGGUGAGGAGAUCAAAGAUCUCCCUCUCUGGCCCGCUGGCACUUAGUUCCCCUCACUCACACACUGCCCCCCUCACAAACGCACUACCCCCUAAUACAGGCAUUGCCCCCUCACACACGCACUGCUCCCCUCACACACGCACUGCCCCCUUUACACACGCACAGCAACCCUCACACAUGCACAGCAACCCUCUCACACACACAGCACCUCUCACACUACACACUGCACCCUUCACACACACUUUGCACCUCUAACCUACAUACAGCACCCCUCUCACACACACUGCACCUCUCUCACACACACACACACACACUACACCCUUCACACACAAACACACACAGUACCAUUCACACACACACAUCAUCUCUCAGACACACAUAGAAAAAAAGUAGAAUAGAAAAUAGAAAAAAGGGGGGAAAUUUGACAAAUUUAAGUACAUAUUUAAAAAAAAACUCCUUUCUAAAAAAAAAUUAAUAAUAAUUGCACUUGCGCUAUAAAUUAGCUUGUGUAGCACUGGUCGGCGGUAAGGAAAUUUUACCAUCAACAAAAAUACAAAAGUGGGCUAUAGGUAUUAAAAGGCUAUCCAAACAAAGUCCAUUCUGGUGAUUAUAUUUGUAUUUUCAUAAAGUGACACCGAAGUCACUUAAUUAAGUCGUCUAAGUGCAGUGGCCCUGUCCUUUUAACCCUUCCCAUCCUGACAGCCACUCAAGGUGCUUCCGUUGCACUGACCCAGUAAAACUCGGUUAAGUGAUGCAAAUUGAAUAUACUGUUUUUUUUAAAUGGGGAAGCUUAGAUUUUAUGCACCACAAACCCCAUAAGAGUAGAAUAAAGAAGUUUACCUUACUUUUUACCCCACUCUAUGCUGGUCUCGCUGGUCUCACUGGUCUCACCAUACUGGGGGCCCCUCACACACGUAGCAAUUGCCAAUCAGCAUCUUCACAUAGAGAUACAUUAUACUAAUAUACUAAUGCAUCUUAUGGGAAGUGUUCAGCCUUUAACUCCUUAAGGACACAUGACAUGUGUGACAUGCCAUGAUUCCCUUUUAUUCCAGAAGUUUGGUCCUUAAGGGGUUAAAGGGACACUAUAGUCACCCAGACCACUUCAUCUCAAUGAAGUGGUCUGGGUGCCAGGUCCCUCAGGUUUUAACCCUUCAGAUGCAAACAAAGCAGUUUCAGAGAAACGGCUAUGUUUACAUUUGGGGUUAAUCCAGCCUCUAGUGGCUGUCUUCUGGACAGCCACUAGAGGCACAUCUGCGACGCUGGAGGCACAUUUCGCCUCCAUCACGUAGAGCGUCCAUAGGAAAGCAUUGAGAAAUUCUUUCCUAUGGACACUUUGAAUGCGCGCGUGGCACUUGCAAGUAAAACAAGGAUUAGUUAGAUUAAAAACAAAAGAAGGAAGGGAUGUAGAAGAGGAUAAAGGUCUAGCUGACUGCCUCAAUGAAUAUUUUUGUUCUGUAUUUACAGAUGAAAAUGAAGGAAAGGGACCUCAGUUGAGAAAAAGGAUAAAUGAGUUAUUUAUUACACGUGAGUUUACAGAGGAAGAGGUUCUAUUUCAACUGUCAAAAGUAAAGACAAAUAAGUCAAUGGGACCUGAUGGAAUACACCCAAAGCUAUUAAAAGAGCUUAGUGGUGUACUAGCAAAACCAUUAACAGAUUUAUUUAACCAAUCAUUGUUAACAGGAGUAGUCCCAGAAGAUUGGAAGUUAGCGAAUGUUGUGCCCAUUUACAAGAAAGGUAAUAGGGAGGAGUCGGGCAACUAUAGGCCAGUAAGCCUUACUUCAGUAGUGGGGAAAGUGAUGGAAACCAUGUUAAAGGAUAGGAUUGAUGAACAUCUAAAAACACAUGGAUUUCAAGAUCAGAGAUAACAUGGGUUUACUUCAGGGAGAUCAUGCCAAACUAAUCUUAUUGAUUUUUUUGAUUGGGUAAAUAAAAUUAUAGAUCAGGGUGGUGCAGUAGACAUUGCUUACCUAGAUUUCAGUAAGGCUUUUGACACUGUUGCACAUAGAAGGCUUAUCAAUAAACUGCAAUCUUUAAGUUUGGAUUCAAUAUUGUUGAAUGGGUAAGGCAGUGGCUGAGUGACAGGCAACAGAGGGUUGUAGUUAAUGGAAUAUAUUCGAAGCUUGGACUUGUCACCAGUGGGGUACCUCAGGGAUCUGUACUUGGACCCAUUCUCUUUAAUAUUUUUAUUAAUGAUAUUGCAGAAGGUCUUGAUGGUAAGGUAUGUCUUUUUGCUGAUGAUACUAAGAUAUGUAACAGGGUUGAUGUUCCAGGAGGGAUAAGCCAAAUGGCAAAUGAUUUAGGUAAACUAGAAAAAUGGUCAGAAUUGUGGCAACUGACAUUUAAUGUGGAUAAGUGCAAGAUAAUGCAUCUUGGAUGUAAAAACCCAAGGGCAGAGUACAGAAUAUUUGAUAGAGUCCUAACCUCAACAUAUGAGGAAAGGGAUUUAGGGGUGAUUAUUUCUGAUGACUUAAAGGUAGGCAGACAAUGUAAUAGAGCAGCAGGAAAUGCUAGCAGAAUGCUUGGUUGUAUAGGGAGAGGUAUUAGCAGUAGAAAGAGGGAAGUGCUCAUGCCAUUGUACAGAACACUGGUGAGACCUCACUUGGAGUAUUGUACACAGUACUGGAGACCGUAUCUUCAGAAGGAUAUUGAUACCUUAGAGAGGGUUCAGAGAAGGGCUACUAAACUGGUUCAUGGAUUGCGGGAUAAAACUUACCAGGAAAGGUUAAAGGAUCUUAACAUGUAUAGCUUGGAGGAAAGACGAGACAGGGGGGAUAUGAUAGAAACAUUUAAAUAUAUAAAGGGAAUCAACACAGUAAAGGAGGAGACUAUAUUUAAAAGAAGAAAAACUACCACAACAAGAGGACAUAGUCUUAAAUUAGAAGGACAAAGGUUUAAAAAUAAUAUCAGGAAGUAUUACUUUACUGAGAGGGUAGUGGAUGCAUGGAAUAGCCUUCCAGCUGAAGUGGUAGAGGUUAACACAGUAAAGGAGUUUAAGCAUGCGUGGGAUAGGCAUAAGGCUAUCCUAACUAUAAGACAAGGCUAGGGACUAAUGAAAGUAUUUAGAAAAUUGGGCAGACUAGAUGGGCCGAAUGGUUCUUAUCUGCCGUCACAUUGUAUGUUUCUAUGCGCAUUCGGCUCCGCUGACGUCGGACGGGGGAGCUGACGUCGGCGGGGAGGAGAGGUCACCAGCGCCGAGGGAGCCCGGUGCUGGAUUAAGGUAAGCUGCUGAAGGAGUUUAACCCCUCCAGCGCUACGGGUGGGGGCACCCUCAUGGCACUAUAGUGUCAGGAAAACUGCUUUGUUUUCCUGACACUAUAGUGAUCCUUUAAUGCAGAGGGUUAUGACCUCAAACUUUAGUUCUACAAAUAUUGCAGUGACAUCAUAGAAAGCACUAGUGGCUGUCAAAGUGACAGCUACAAGAUGCAUUCUUGGGAACAAUGAUACAAAUCACAGAUUGCAGAGACAGUCUCCUUCUAUCAAAACCACUACAUUAAGCUGUAUUGGUUCUGCAACAAUUUCUGAAAAUCAUUGUUCGCCAUGGCUGUCAGGAAGCCCAAAGCUAUUUAAUCAAGGUUAUGUGUGUCAGUGUUGUCUCUCUUGGGCAUACAGUGUGCGCAUGUCGAGCACACAAUAGGGAAACCUCUAUCCCCUCUGGGAAGAGAAUAAAGCUACAGACUGUGAAUGCACAUCCACAGGUUUCCAAAUAGGAAAACACAGCCCUGUACACUAAACAGUGCACCCAGCAGUGUACAACCUGCAACUGCAGAAUGGCUGUGUCUAUGAUAUUUAGAACUGCUCUUUGUGGAUAAACUACUUAUCCUGCUGGACAAGGGAUUAUGGGAUAAGAUUAGUGCCCAAUCCCCACAAACCAAUGAGAGGUUCCUGAUUGGAGGAUCUCAUCCUGGUGUAGAACAGUCUAGCAGAAAUUGCAGAAAGACCCACUAAGCAGUGCACCCAGGCACACCAUAAAUGGUAGGUAAAAAUUAUUAUUUUUUAUUGAACGUUUGGCAAUAUUUUUUUAAUGCACUGUCAUUAAGAAAAUAUAUAUGGUAAUUAUUUUAUGCAGAGUGAUAAUUUAAGGAUCAGUGUUUACUGUGCCACUAUAACAAUCUAUUAUGUUAGGAUCCUAUUCCAAAAUUAAAUAAUUCACUCAGUUAAGGACUACAGGGCUCUAUAGAGCCACCAACACUAGAGAAACGGGACAUGUUACAUAGGUAUUCCUAAAUAUGUAUUCAUGAUGGUGAAGUGUAUAAUAUGGUCCUUAAAAGACCACCACAGGCACCCAUUCCAGUUCUGAUUUUAUUCCUUUCAAUGAUGGAAGGUAUUUGAAUCAUACUGAUUCCCUCACACUACAACUGCCACUUCUGAAGUCUGGUCAAGUUGCAGAGCUGUUACUUCCUUGUUGCCAGGCAACUGGUUUUCAGUGUAAACAUCACAAUGGCAUCAGUGAGGUUCCAGGGACAGACUGAUAGUCUGCUGUAUGCUAUCAGACCGCAUAAGUCAUUAGCACAUGAGCAUUAUCCCGAUAGUCUUCAUCGAUUAUUCAGACCUUUGUCAUCCUGACUGAUCAUUAGUGGAUGGGAUGGCACAUCAGCAUACUGUGUAAUAGUAGAUUUUAUUAAAAAUGUAAUUUUAUUUUAAAUGAUGUUGGUAAAUGUUACUGAUAGGACCCAUGACACUUGGCUGUCCAUUAUUUGAUAUACAGUUUCUAGUAGCAGUGAUUGACUACAACAGGUGUAAUGUACUUGCAUUUCAGAUUUCCCAAGGAUCACAUAAUAUAACCAUUUGAGUAAACAUAAAUAUGUGACCAUUUGCAUUCUGACUUGCAAAAUUUAGGCUAAAACAACUGAACUGUUUUUUUUUUAAUAUAGACUUUACUUUGGGGGGUGAGGUGGAGGACUUUUGGGAGUGAGUAGCAUUGCAUUAUAACACGGUCAUCCGGUAAAGUCAGUGAAUUCAAAAUGAAUUUUAUAUUUAAGGCCAAAGUAUCUGAACUUGAGCUCACAUGACUUGGAGAAUUAUUGCAGUUCUGCUAUUUUUGCCUUGAAUCCGAAAUUCAGUUUGAAUUCUCUUUGAAUUCCUGAUAAUUCUCAGUUUAGUGAAUAACCCUGGAAGACUUAAAAUUGAUGUAAAUCCUUGAUGUCCUUUGUGGGUUUUUUAGGCAGUAAUUCCUAUAAAAAAUACUAUUUGUGUUUCCUCAUGGUUGAAUGUCUAAACAUGGCAGUCCUAUGAAACUAGUCACAUAGAUAUGAGAGGAACAUUUGGGGACUCUGGGGGCUGAUGGAACUGAUUUUACAUUAUGUAUUGAGUAGGCUGCUACAAACAAAUUUGCUAUACUUCAUUUAACUCAUUAUUGUCAGUGGAAGCAAAUGACAUAUCCUUUCAACCAGUAAUACAAUAAACAGUGUGAUGCUUAGACUUUAUUAACCCAUGAAUGUCUAAACUAGUAUUACUGACAGGUGAAUGUUUGAUUUAAAGCAUUAAUCAUCUAUGCAGUAAGAUUUACCCACCUGUAUUGUAAGGACUAGAGCAGUAAUUCUCUAACAUUUCUUAUAUUGGGAACUUGUGGAUGGGAUCUGUCCCCUGUUUAUGCUUUAAUAACUUGCCUGACAAUGUCACUUAGCGCCUCUUUCAGCGUCACCCCCUCGUGUGUAUGCUGUGGCAUCAGACAAUAUAGGUGCUAUCUAGUGACUCCAAGUUUAUCAAGGGAACAAUAUUUAUUGUGUUUGUGUGUUUUUUCGCUAAUGGUAUAUGUAGAUUAACAGGUUCAGUAACCUCAGAACUUAACCUAAAACACAAAUGGCAAAAUGCUGGCAUAAAUAGCUGGCCUGGAAGAAUUGUUACUUGGCUAUUUUUGCCAUUUGUAUUUUAAGGCCCUAACAUUUAGUGUACUGAACAAACCCCUUUGGUGUAUAGCCGUGUUGUAGUGUACUGUAAAAGUCCACAAAUGAUUAUAUAUUUUUUUCCAUUUAAAGAUUUUUAUUGGUUUUCAUCUUGGCAAUGCCAUAAACACAAACAUGACUUGGGGGAGGGGAGGGGGUACAGAACGAAAGCGGGGGGGGGAAGAGGGGGUCCAUACCAAGUUUUUUACAUCAAUGUUUACAUUCACAAUUUUUGAGAUCUCCGGGUGUGUCGUUUUCCUACAUACAUUUUCUAAGUUCUAAGUUCGUACGUCUGACCACUUCUACAUUUGUCCCUAACAUGGGGUAUUGUUGCUCGCUUGUCUAUCAUUAUCUGGCGAUCGACCCUGGGAGUCGAGUACGUCUAGUAGUUUAGCCGUCGGGUGUGUCUCCUGUUUCCCUCAUUUCCCACAGCCUCCAUGCUUCAACUGCUGUGUCUGUCAAGGGAAGGACCCCUCGGUAGCAGGUUUCAUAUAGGUGUUGUGUAUCAAUGUCCCUGCAGACCUCUGCCACCAGUGGUGGUCGUUGGGAUUUCCACAACCUAGCUAUUGCCCUCUGAGCUGUCAAGAGGAUGUGGAAGGCUAAUUUCUGUAUCCCUUUAGGUAUAUUGCUUGGCAUGUGUAGUAAGAGACUUGUUAUGGGUGUGGAGGGGAGUUUGGUGCCUGUUGCGGCUCGAAUCAGGCAGUGUAUGUUGCGCCAGAAGCUGGUGACUAGUUCACAUUGCCAAAUGAUUAUAUUUUGCCUUGUAUCUGCAGACAAGUCAGUUUUAUUUUCUUGGGCUGUUUUCACCUACCAUUGCUAAUAAAUAAGAUUCCUUUUCGGCUGCAUAAUUUGCUCUGUCCAAGAAAGAGGGACUUUCAACCUCACAUGAACUCCUGUGCUGAGCAAAUACUCUUCAAAGAAAGGCAGUAAAAUGAAAAGGCUUCCCAGCAACAGUGACAUUUCCAGAUAAUCUAUUGCGGUUUACGCAUUAUAUUUUGGGGGAAAGUAAAACACAGUGAAACACUUCAUUUGUUUUUCUUUUCUUAGUACAGUACAAACUUUCUAUUAUGUGAUCAAGACACCAAACGCCAAACAAAGGUCUUGCCAAACAAUGCUAAAAGCCUUUAGCCACUGCGAAUAUUAACAAGUAAUCUGUAAAAAAAAUCUCACUUUCCGCUCCUAUAAAAAUAUUGUCUGUUUUUACAGUCACACAGUCUCCCUUGAUCAUCCACAAAAUAAAAGGAUUUAUUCACUAAACAGUGACUUGUAAUGAGCUGAAACCCAAAUUGCAAAAUGUAGGUGAAACUAGAUGAUUUACAACACAGCAGUUAUGCUGUUUUAGCUUCAAUUUCCCAAUUUUGCACUUCACUACCUUUUGCAACUGUAGUGGGAUAAACCUUUUACUACAAUGUGAUUCAUAAUAAACAGGGGCAUGGCUUAAUGAAUAAAGAUAAGGUUUGAUUAAUUGCAAGGAUGUGAUUUAUUGUUAUCAGUGUACAUUGGAAGCUCACUCAAAAAAACUAUAAUAUGGAUAAUGUUUAUUGCCUAUAAUCUGAUUCACAAUGCUGGGAAGAUACUUUGACAAAAUAAACUCAAAAAGGAACAGCCAGAUCAGAUUAAAAACACACACAAAAAAUCACAUAGUAUAGAAUGUCACUACAACCAAGUUAACAUGAAAUACUGUAAGCACUCACAAACAGAUGUUGCAACGGUGCCUAUAUCCUAUAAAGCUAUCACAAUCUUCACUCCGUAUGUAGGAAGAACAGAAGAAAACAAGUGGUAUCUAUAAAACAACAUACACCCAACUAAUUAAUAAUAUCCACACUUACAUUCCGUAAUUAAAUGUACUCACAGGUACAUGUAAAUAAAGCAGCUUCAAAGUAUAGUUAAGCCACCACCUGAAAAUUUCCAAAAUAGCACUAUGUCUCCUUUACAUAUGGAUAGACUGGUUACAAUUGUGAAAAAAAGGGAUCAAUAAAAGCCUAAAUAAAACCAUUUAACCCUACACAUUUCUCCCUUAAACUGAAUGUAUUUUCUCAGGGGUAAAAACAAAAAAUCAAAAAACAUCAAACCAGAUACCUGCGCUUCCCAUUCUUAAAUACCCAUGUCCACAAACAAGAGCAUCUUUGGCAUCCUCCUACUGGCAUUUCCUUCACUACAUGGGAUCCAGCCCACUGUUCUGUUUUUCUUAAUAUGUAACCCGCUAUGUGUUCACAUUAAACAUGACUAACACAUCUCUGAUAAACAUCAGCGUCCUAUCAGCAUCGAUAUCGUCUUCAUCUUUAUUUUCAGAGGGCUGUAUUUACUGCGAGGCAAACAAGGCAUUUGCCUUGUGAGGCACUUUCCAGAGGUACCAAAAACGCUGCCAGCUAAUGCCUUGUUUGCCUUGUUUUAUGGGGGCCCAAGAGCUGGCAGGCAGCCAGUUGUUUCCCGGGCGGGCGGCAAAGGAGCACUUUCCCCUGAGCUCUCUUGCUCAGCUCCCUCGCGCGACCUGCAGUGAUGCAAUAUGACGUCAGUCUGGAUCCCGGCAUCACUCUGCGGCACGCAAGGGAGCUGAGCUGGGAGAUCACAGCUCCCUCGUUUACUAAAUAAACUGACCGAAAUAGUCCCAUAGACUGGCUUAUUAUGGCAGUAUUGGUCACUGAACAAACAGAAUAAAAAAAAAAAAACACAAAAAAAACAUCAACAGUAUAUUCCACUCUUCCAGAAGGCUCCUAUGAAGAUAUAAAAUCAUCCACUUGACACAGCCGAAGAUAAUACCAGGUGUUAAAAACAGCUACUGAACAUGUGGAUGUAAAAUAUAAGAACCCCAAAUUAAACAACAUUGCAAUCAUAGGUUAAAAUGUAUUCAUAAAUGAAAACGUACAUUCAUAAGAGGCUUAUUACGUGUAAAGAGGAUUAGAGGAGCCUAAAAGGCAUGCAGAUGGAAUCAGAGAAGUAAUUGUUCAUUUUCCCUGUGUAUUCUCACGUUUAUGGUAUUUUUUCCUAGCCUUCCAUUAUUGCAUGAUGACAGAUAAAAGAUUUUUCUUGAAAUGUACUUUCAUUCCAUGUGCCCUUGACCACGUGUGACAUUAAUACACAGCUGUCUUACAGUAGCAAUAUAGCCUUGGAGAAAACAUUAGGAGUGGUACUGUAUAACCCUUAAAUCCCUGUAUACAGGUUAUGUACUGUGUUCCCAAUUAAAGCAAUGGGAAGACCAGGAAUGGCUGAUAGACUCCUCCAUUUCCUUUAAAGAGGACCUCAGCAGAGUAAGAGGCAAUUCUAGGGGUUUCUUGCAGAUAAGGACAUUGUAGAUGUAUGUGUCUGUUGUGCUUUGGUUAGAGCAGCGGUUCCCAAACUGUGUGCCGUGGCGCCCUGGUGAACCGGGACGUGCACACAGGGGUGCCGCGGAAUGUCAUAGCAACGGGAAAGCAUUAUUGCUCAACAGGGGCCCAGUCGGGUGCCACGGUCCUUUAAGACCUCGAACGGGUCCCUGUAAUGUCGGCUGGCUGGGAGGAAGUGACAGCCCGUCACUUCCUCCCAGCAUCCUGCAGGGAGACAGCGUGGGAGGAGGCAGCUGCAGCAUGAGGGGAGAGGAGAAGGAAGAGCUCCCUCACUUCCACCAGCAGCAAGGUUCCAAGCCACCCUCCUGGCACAUAAGGUAAGCUAACAGGAGGGUGGCUGGAGAUAUUUAAAAAAAAUCAUGUGUGUGUGUGUGUAUGUGUGGGUGUGAGUAUGAGUGUGAGGGUGAGUGUGGUGGUGUGUGUGUGAGUAUGAGGGGUGUGAGUAUGGGUGUGUGUGUGUGUGUGUGUCAGGGUGUGCAUCUGUGUGUGUAUAUAUCAGUGUGCUUCUGUGUCUGUGUGUGCGCACACAUCUGUGUAUGUGCAUAUGUGUGUGUGUGUUUUUAUGUCAAUGUGUGUAUCUGUGUCAUGGUGUGGGCAUGUAUCAAUGUUUGUGUGUAUCAUGGUGCAUGAGUGUAUAUGUCGGUGUGUGUAUGUGUUGGUGUGUAUCUAUAUGUGUGUAUGUGUCUGUGUCUAUAUGAAUUUGUGUGUAUGUGUCGGUGUAUUUAUUUGCAUCUGUGUGUUAAUGUGCAUGAAUAUCUGUGUAAGUAUGUAUGUAUGUAUGUAUGUGCAAACAUCCAAGCAGUCAAACACCAGCACAACAUACAAGCACAUUCCUGCAAUCUAACACAAAUAUUACAUACAAACACACACCUGCAUUCAAACUCAAAAGAAAUAUACAAACACACCCCUUCAUUCAAACACAAAUACUUAACUCAAAUGUGCAUCCACAUUUAAAAAUGAACAUUACAUUCAGACACACCCCUGCAAUCAAACGCAAACAUUACAUACAAACACACCUCUGUAUUAAAACACAAUCUCUGUAUACAAGCACCCGUUCAAACACCAACACUGUACAUUACACUAUAGCGCCAGUAAAUGUUGCAGUGCUGUACAGAUAUACAACCUAGAAAUUUUGACUUGGGGUGCCUUGAAAAAAUACUGAAAUAUUAAGGGCACCUUGAACCUAAAAAGUUUGGGAACCACUGGGCUAGAGGGUUUUUCCAAGCACCAUCUCCAAUUCAGUAUUUUCAGGAUGUAGUUCAGCUUUCAUUGUAUUAGACUCUGUGCGUAGCAGGACCCUGGUAAGAGGCAAACCACUGCAAAACAGUUUGCCUCAUUCACAGGGUAUGGAACUAGGUUACCCCUAGCAUCAUAACCACUACAGCGCACUAUGUUACAAAGCACAUCAUGCCAAACUGGUUCCAAGAGGAUGGCAAGGAAUUUAUUGUAAUCCUAUGGUCUCCACCGUCACCAGAUCUCAAUCUAAUAAAGCAACUUUAGGAUGUAGUGUAACAGGCGAUUUGCCUCAAGAAUGUAUAGCAACUGCAUGAUGUUAUAAUUUCAAAAUGGCCGGGAAUCUCUAAGGAAUGUUUCUGGCGUCUUUCUGAAUUCAAGCCAUGUAGUAUUUGUGCCAUUGAGGGGAAAAUGGGGUCCUACCCAGUAAUAGCAAAGUGUAGAUAAUAAAAUGGCCAAAUAAGCUUGAAGGACCACCUUAUCUAAGUAUUGUUUUGGAGAGGUGGAGGUUGACUGAGGCUGUGUCUACGUGUUCCUGAGUUGUAAUUCUGGCUCAGCUUGUAUUUUACCAAAUUACUACUGGUAUGGCGUUCCUAAAAUCUGAUCUGUAAUGUGGAGUACAUUGUAAGACUCCAAUGGAAUUGGUCUGUUUUGCUCUGUAUGUAUAAACAAACCCUAUCUCAAACCUUCUUCGCACUUAACACUCUUUAAAGAAAAUAAAGAUCUAGCAGUUAAUCAUUGGUAGAUUUACAGAGAGCGUUACAUAAUUAUACAUACUGUUGUAUACUAUAGUAUACUAAUUACAAGGUCCAAUUCAAGAUGGCCUACGAGUUUACAAUCUAAAGAUCAUGGUAAUCCCAGCAUUUAUCUCUGCCUCCAUUUGUAUAAGUUCAUUAUUCGUUUUUCUCUCUUGUAUGGCAUUAUUUUAGCACUGGAGCAUGUUUUGCUUUGACUUCAUCUUACACUUGACAUUGGUUUUACAAUAACCGUUCCAGGUCAGGAAGCAGAGUGAUUAUGUUUGAUCCUUGUUUAUUGAUUAAUUCUGUAACAAAAGGAGUUUGUAAAAUUUUAACUGCCCAUGUAGUUGUUGUCUGGCAUGUACACAGCAAGUUUGCUUAGGCAAUGUGCCAACACUGGCUAAAACACAGGCACCCUGUACAUGUAUCUGAAUACUGUGUGUAUAAAUUAGAUUCUCUGACACUUCAUACAUCACUUGAAAGAAGCCAAAACAUUUAAGUAAAAGUUACAUUAUUGUAUGUAGUUUGUAAAGUGCCAGCUUUAAUAAUGCAAUUAGAAGUAAGAUGCAAAUGUUUGUAAGUAACCCUCCUUAGCACAGCGUCCCACCUAUUGUUUGCCGCUUGAGAAUGACAUCAUUUUGUGUGAAAUAUCUUAUAUAAUGUCAUGUAUUAUUAAGUUUUAGAUCUCAGCCUAUUCAGUCAUAAUAGUGCUAAAAUGGUUUUAAAGGCAGCCUGAUUCAAAUGAUUAACAUAUUAGGGUAAAAGCAGAUAACUGGAAUAUAUGCAUUGCAUAUACUGCACUGCCCAAAUUCAAAUUAAAUAAAAAUCACUUCUUAGUAGAUAUACCCCAAAUGAGAACUUGCAUGCAUUUAAUUAUGCAUUUUUUUCAUUGGGGUUCUAUCUAAAAACAGCUGGUAAAACCUGCAGAUUUCUUGUCUGCAACCUUUACAAGCCCUCCUCUACUAAUCCCACCCAGACUUUCUGUGGCUGUCCAAUCACAGACGGCGUAAUGCAGCUCAAUGAGAAGUCUUUGCAAGGCAGGUGUUCUGGGCAGUUGCUACCUCCUGAAUUUAGCUCCACUGAGCUAUAUAACUAGGAAGUAAUAGAACCAGUUGUCUGAUUGACAGGCAGGGGGCAUAACCAGGUUAAUUUAUAAAAGUGUAAAUUUCUAUUGAAAUCUGCACUUUUUUUUAAAUGAACAAAGAGGACACUCUCUUCACACAUAAAGCUUUUCAGCAAAUUAAAGUGCUUUAGAGGUCUGGAGUGUCCCUUUAAAUGUCAUAAAUGUUUAGCAUUUUAAAUAUAAAAUUGCACUUAUUAUAGCCUUUUUGUAAUACAUAACAUAAUUAGUAAAUACCCUUUUUCUUUGCAUUUCAUGGCACAUGCCUGGUCUAGAGAGGCAGCCAUCUUUAUACAAAUUACCAUGAGUUGAUGCACAUUCACAAUUCCUGGUGACAUGAACUAGCAUAGGGCAUCUUAAAUCAGGGCUCGACAAAUCCCAGGCACCAGGGCAAAAUGUAUAAUUGCUAUGGCGACCUGGCGCCUGGGAUUUAAAGCCUGUUACCUAAAGGCAGGAUGGGGGAACAAUGGAGCCAGCCGGUCGCCCUGAGGAUCAUAGGCGGCUGGCUCAGGGAGCGUGCAGGCAGCCGCCCGUAGGAGCAUGGAGGCGGCCACCAGGGGAGCAUCGCUGUGGCCGGCUGGGGCAGCAUGUGAGGGAGCAGUGAUCUUCAAGUGGCUCCCCUCUGCUCCCUCGCGCUGUAUGGUGAUGCCCGGAGCCAGAAUAUGACAUCAUUCCCCAGCAUCACUACAGGGAGCAGAGAGGAGCCGCUUGAAGAUCACUGCUCCCUCACACGCUGGAUGAGCGAGCAGCCUUACUGGACCCCAGAGAAAGUCCACUCAGCUCUCCCAAAGGUAGGGAGGCUGGGUGGAUUCAAAUUAAAAUGGAAAAUGUCUGUGUGUGUGUAGGUAUGUUUGUGUGUGUGUCUCUCUCUCUGUCAGUAUGUGUGUGUCUCUCUGUCAGUGUGUGUGUGUGUGUCUCUCUGUCAGUGUGUGUGUGUGUGUCUCCCUGUCUGUGUGUCCCUGUCAGUGUGUGUGCCUCUCCCUGUCAGUGUGUGUGUGUGUGCCUCUCCCUGUCAGUGUGAGUGUGUGUGCGUCUCUCCCUGUCAGUGUGUGUGCGUGUGUCAGUGUGCAUGCGUGUGCAUCAGAGAGAGUGUCUUCUUGUGUCUGGUUAGGUACCUGCACCCCUACAAUCACUAGAGAGGUGUUUUUACUUACCUUCUUUCCCACGCCAUAACAGUUUGCAGCUGCUUGCCCAUGGGUGAGAUAAUCAGUCUUUAAGAUCUCUGCUAUACCAAUGCUUUCCUAUAGAAAAACAUUGAGAGGAUAUUUUUUUAAAGGCAGUGAUUACAUUAAAAAAGCUACAGGGACAGGCUACAGGCACCAGAACAACUACAUUAAGCUGUAGUGGUCCUGGUGACUACAGUGUCCCUUUAAGAAUGGUAUAUUUCUCGUAAAUUAGACUUCCCUAGUUUAAAAAAAAAAAACUGGCUCCUAACUAUUUUUAGCUGGCUCCUAGAUUCCAAACAAAUGUGUCAAGAUCUAUCUUAAAUUGUACUCUGAGGUGGUUUCAGACAUUUAAAUUGCACAUCAUCUUCAGUUAGGUAAGUGUUACUUUCAACUAACAUGACUUAAAGGAACAUUUCAAGCACCAUAAUCACUGCUGCCCUGUAGACACAUCCUGCAUGGCCCUACUUGGCACUGUAGAGCUAACCAGGGCUUUUUAAAACCACUCCUGUGGGCUAUAGUGCUUGGAGUGUUCCUUUAAAGAUGGACACCCUCACAUAGAAAAAAUAAUCCAGAGAAUGCAUUGAUGAAAGGCAAUUAUUUAUAAAUAUAGAUUACAAAGUAAUGCACUAUAUUAUAUGUAAUCUACUAUUUUAAUAAUGAACAUUUUCCUUUAACAUGUUGACAUGUUUCCAGCUUUAAAUCCAAGAAUUGUAGACCUGUUACUCGAUAAAUUGCAUAGAUCACUAUUAUUCAGGUGUACCUCUCAUGGUAUAUACACAAUUUUAUAUAAAAUUAAAGUUGAUUAAAUUUGAUCUAUGUAUUGAGUAGAGGAAGAUCUCGCAGAUCUUGCAACCCUCAGUGUGUGAUUGUAGGCAUCUCCUUUUCCUAUGGAGGAUAAGUGAAUGUACUGAGAUUAGUAUGUGUAUUAGUACUAAUUAAGGAAUCGUGAUUUAAACAAUUCAGGAACAGGGUCUUUACAUUCAUUGCUUCAUGCUAUUGAUUCCUAAAUUAUGGUUAUUGCUGUGCAUUGAUAUUGUUUACUUUCUCCCUAUAUAUCUUUGAAAUUAAUUUAUGUUAGGCAGCAACGGAUAAAACUCAGCUAGUAUCCGUCAUGAUGGACACUAUAAAUAGCCAGGUGCGCAGGAUACAGGUAUAGGUACUUGUGCCCACUCAGUGAAUUGGCAUGGUAGCAAGAAUGAUAAACUUAUUGUUAUUUGGUAUAGCGAUAUGAGCUGGUUCUUGCACGACCCUGUCUUUGGGCACAGUAUGUCCAGAGUAAAAAUGUGUUAUGAAUACACAGCCCCUUUCUUUAAAACAUUUGUCAUCCAACAAUUAAAUCUCUAUAAUUACUCAAAGAAAAACGUACCAUCAUAUUUAGAAUCUAAUUAGAGCGGAUCAGUCAAUUUUUUUUUUUUACAUGGGCAUGUCUGAAAUCCUACCCUACCCCUUAGGUGGCCCAUCUUUUUGCUGACCCCUCCUCCCAGCCCACCUGAAAUUAUGCUUAUAUUUCAAGUAGUGACUAAUUUUCCUAAUGCAUAUCCUUGAGGUUGACUAAGGGUGGAACUUUAGCAAGCUCCAUGGCCUUUACAAAUGUUAUCAUUGGCCCUCCUAUGCCAUACUCACAUCCCUCAUUGCAUUGUGUCCUGUUUGAACUGGGCAUGCAAGGGAUUUGAUGCGUACGCCCAUGUAUGGGUAAAGGAUACUAGUUCCGGGCGCUGCCAUCUGAGAACAUUGACUUGAUGCAGCCUAGAAAAAAAGACCCAGAGGGAUAAGUAAUCCAUCAAUAAUGGUGAGGAAUGCAGUUCACAGUGUCCAAAAAAUGUUUGUGGGGCAUCAGGUGGUACAGAUGCACAGAUUUCUUGGAGUGGAUCCACAUUGUGACAGGUCUGCUUUAAAGGAUGAAAGGGAGAUAUUACAAUGCAAAGAUCAGGUCCGGUGCUGUAAACUUUAUAUAGUCAUACUAGAUGAAACAUGCAAAGUUAAAUGUAGUCUGGAACUCACGCCAUGGUACAUCAUACAUGUCAUUAUUUUAGCCACGCUCUCCCUAUGUUAUCCUAUCUUUUUGUGGUGGCACAAUGUCACUUUUCUACCUGUUUAUUUUCAAUUGGAUUGGAUUUAAAAUAAAAAUAUUAAAGGAUCACUAUGGGAUCAGGAACUCAAACAUGUAUUCCUGACCAUAUAGUGCUAAACCCACCAUUUAGGUGGCUAUAAAAGUUUAAAACUCACCUUAUUAACAGCGCCGCGUGGGUUUGCCGGCGCUGUCUCUGCCCCCUUUGUGACAUCAUCAAAAUGGCCGAUUUUUAGCCAAUCCAAUGCUUUCCAUUAGCUAAAAUCAGCACUGGGGUGGGGCCAAAUGACAUUUUGGCCAAUCAGGACCUCCUCAUAGAGAUGCAAUGAAUCAAUGCAUCUCUAUGAGGAAAAUUCAGCGUCUCCAUGCAAAGCGUGGGGACACUGAACGGCAGGGCUGCUUACUGCGCAGCACUGAGCCAGGAAGCCCCUCCAGUGGCAAUCUGAAGAGUGGCCACUUGGAGGUAUCCCUAGGGGCAAUGUAAACACUGCAUUGUUUUUGAAACGGCAGUGUUUGCAUGAAAAUGCCUGAAGGCAAUGAUUAUACUCACCAGAAUAACUACAUUAAGCUGUAGUUGUUCUGGUGACUAUGGUGUCCCAUUAAUAAGCAGAUGUUACUGUCUAUCAAUUUUUGAGUAUUGACUUUAUUGUAGAAUCCUUGAUACAAAGUUCAUGUUUCGUGUGUUGUACUUUCAAACUAUUUAAUAAAAUGUUAGUCAAGAAACAAAACAGCACUGUAGCAUGAAACACAGAGCGGGACUGUCAGUCACAUCUUCAUCAUAGAAGACUGGACGCUGCUUUCUCUUCCGUAAAAUUCCUUAAUGGCUUCUUUCUGUUACAUGGUUAUCCUCGCUCAGGUUAAUUCUAAGGCUGCAUAUGUCACCCCUCCCCCCAAUGCCGCAUACUCACGUGGUUAACUAGUGUCAUAAACUACAGAAUUGUACAAUUAACAUAAGUAAUGACUGCAUAUAUUUUGCCUCAUGCUGACACCACUGUGUAUAAUAAUUGCAACAAUAAUUGCCUAGUCAUAUUGUCAGAGCGUAAGACAGCCUCACAUUGUGAGAUAUCUGUACACUCAUGGGCCAGAGCUAUUGUAUCUUGUUCAGUCAUCUGCAUGGCAUGCUGGUUUUAACGUGGUUAUUAUUAAUUACUGUCAAUCAAAUUACUGCAACGGACAUGUUUAUCUAAUUUAUAAACUAUUGCCUUAUGAAGAUAUAGACAGCUAUUGAUGGAACACGAUUAAAGAAUAACACGUUAUGAAAAUGCCGUGGAAACAAAAAGUUGGCAUAGUUCUAUUGGGGAAGCAAUCACAGUGAAAUCCGUUGAAUCAGAGGAAAUUUUGCUUUUGUUUCCAUAGUGACUGCUGCUUUUAGAAAUGUUCGCUACCUGUUCAUUAUCAAAUCACAUAAAUCUCUCUUACAGUAUCCUUGUAAUAAGAGACUCAAACUAAACAGCAGUUACCUGUUGCCUUCCCACCACAAACUAAAUCUACACAUUUGUCCUGUUGGUUAGCAUAUCUAUCAAGCAUAGGUUUUCACGUCAUGGUCCUCAAAGAAAUGCACAUUAUUUCAGUGAAUUACACUGCAAAUAUAAAAAAAAUUCUUGCCAGUCUUUCCACCUCACAUGUUUCUGGGUCCAAAAAUAGACAUGUGCAUAGUGAAAAAAUAUGGUUCAUUACAAUCAAUUAAUCAGAAAAGAACAUUUUUUGUUUUGGUCAAUUUAAUUCAGUUAAAUUUUGUCCAGCUGAUCUUUUUGGGUAAAAACGCAUCAGACAACCAAAAUGGCAUCAAAAUUAUCAAAUUAAUAUCCUUUUUUUUUCUGAUAGUGAAGGCUUGCAUUUAUUGAUAUAGUAUUCAUAUCUUGUAUUUACAAAACUUUUUAUUUUUGGGGGAAAUAUACUGACCUUCACAUUGCCAAGGUUGGCAAACAUUAUACCUGUGCAAUGCUUGAAAUAAACGUGUGAAAACAAUUUUAAUGUUUAAAUUGUCCAUUUCACAGUAUAUUAUUUUUUUAUUUUGCAUUCUUGUUGUGCAUAAGGAAAGUACAAACAAGCUUGAGGUACCCCAACGGCAUUCCUCAGGCAUAGCAUCAUGUAUUACAUUUUGGGUAAUAGGUAGGACUUGCACAUUUUUAUCGUAUUAUAAUAAGUAAGACAUAUACUCAGAAGAGGGACAACAGGAGAAAAACAUAUGGAGUAGAAGCUGGAUCGGCUGGUUAUGUGACUAUAAGAUAUAUAAAGGAACGGUUAUAAAGCUUGUCAGUCAGCUGAUAUGUGUGCCACUGGGUACUAAGUCGGAGUGGUUGAUGCAGACAGGGAAUAAUGGCUGUGGCUGUGGUGCCAGGCAGCAAGGGUGUCCUUCAGAAUCUUUCAACCCACACCACUUGGGGGCUUUGGCGGCUUUGGAAGAAAGUCCUUCCCUGAGGCAAACGGGGUGCCCUGGUCUUCCACCUUGGUACCCGACCAGGAGCGUAGGUAUUUCUGACAGUUAGCACGUUGUGGGGGUGGGUGCUGAGUUCAUGCAGCUCCCCAAGCUUGAACUGUGAUAGGAGCCGCUGUCUUGCGUCCAUUGGCUACCCUGCUGCAUGCAGUAGGACUAGGGGCUCUCGGGUCCACCGGGGUUCAGAGACGCCCUUGGGUGUAUGGGCGGUGGUAGGAAAUACCUUUUGGGCUUUCGGCCCAAAGGAACAGUCCGUAUUCUCAUUGGCAACCUGUGUCCCUGGUUUAGCCUAUGUGGGAGCCCUGGUAGGUCGGCUAAGUCUGAGUUGGGUCUUCAGUUUGGUAGGCUUUCUGGUGAGGUUUGCUAGCUCUGUUUCUGUGUGCCCUGUCGCUCAUGCGUUACGUGUUGCUGCUUGCUGUGGACAGUUUGCGCCAAAAUGCUGCAAAUAUUGCAUCCAGCCUGGUUUCAAGGUUGUCCUGUCUGUCCAGUGGGGUGCGUGGUAGUUUGGGUCUUCACCGUGUCACGGGUGCCGCGGGGCCAUCAGUAGUGAAGCGCCCUGCUGCAAGGCUGUCUGCUGAGAGUGGUAGGUUGCUUUCCCUAGUGGGGACCGAGAUAUCCCCCACCGGUCCAUAAUGGGGGGAGCUGCGAGGCCUGUUGCACACCGCGACCCGAGGUAGGGGAUCGGCCGCCUCCCCCAGGCCACGUGGCGCGCUGGGCCGCAUGGUAGGACUGCGGUACUGCAUCGGCUAGCGGCAAAUUUCGGGUAUGCCCGUGUGCUCGUUUGGAUCGGAAUGUCGCUCUGGUCACUCGGGAUCCCUGUUGGGACAGUAGUUAGAGGUGCCAACUCGUUUUUUGUCCCUAAGUGCCGGAGCCAUUAGAGAGUAUGUCUGCCCAUCUUAGCGGUCAAGCCCCCGCCCCCCCAAAUUAAUAAACUUCUUAAUAUAUACGUAAUAUAAAUAUUAUGGGCCCUAUUUACAUUUUGAAGUCAACAUCACAGUUUACAGUUUACAUCUUGUAGGUAUUUCGGUGCUGUGCUUUUUACAUAAAAUGUUAUCAGUUUUUUUUGUUCAGAUUUUUAGAGUACAUAAUAAGCAAAAAUUGCAUUAGCCGACACUGAAUUGUAAGUAAUUGUCGAGUAAGCCGACACUGAAUUGUAUUACUCAAUAAAUUUGAGAAAAGUUUGAGUAAAUCCCCUGCACAAUCUCCUACAGAUUAAAGCUGUAGUAAAAAGUAAGGCUAUAUAGCCCCCAAAAAGCAGAAGGGGUAGCCAGGACAAGCGAGGAUCAAUAACCAGGUAACAAACAGGAUAUAAAGUGCUCUGGGAUAACCAGAAGGAAACCACAACAGGAAAAUGAACAAAGUAAAGCUCAAGUAUUUAUAUGCCUGGCGCAUUUCCUUGAUAAGGGUGGGCAAGGGAGGGAUUGCAUUCUACAGAGUAUACGUUUUGACAAAUAUGGACGGUCUGGGGUUUUUUUUUUUACUAAAGUGAGAUUUAAGUGAAUUUUAAAUUUAAAUGAAUUUUAAAUUUAAGGUCAAAAUAGCUGAAAUGAAAAAAAAUAAAAAUCUAAGCUAGCUAUACCUUCAGUUAAGCCACUCUGACCUUAAAUUUGAAAUUCACUCUGAAUUCUCACUUUUUUUUACCCUGUAAGUGAAAGUCCCAGUGGCAGAGAUCACACGGUGCAGGAGAAGCCAGUACAAGCAACACCAUCCAUUGCUUUUAAAAGUACUCUGCUUACAUAACAUGUCAGAAUUCUGUUUUUAUUUGCAAGUAAAUUAAUCUAUAUGUUGUGUGAGCUGAAUGUUAACAAAUACUUUACAGCAUCUCGUUCCAGCCUGGCCACCGAAACAUCCACGUGACACCUGCUGUCUAUCUGAUCUGUCCCUGCAUGCUUUGCUUUAGGGACAUAUCACGAUGCAGGUUGGCUCAGAUGGACUCAUAAAAGGCCUGCUAGCUUACCAGUAGAGGAACCAGGUGUGAGGUUUUGUAUAUCUAUGACUGAAGCUAUUUAAUAUGUGAGAUCAUAAUUUAAAUUGAUAUCCAGGGCAGACUUUACAGCAGACAAACUCAUUUGGCAUCUCUCCACGUUAUGUACAAACCUCGUGCCAACUCAUAGCCUACACAAUCACUUCUGGGAUGUUUGCUGCUGUGAAAUCCAUUACACUAUCCGGGUCUAUUGCUGUGCUCUAAAGUAUAAUUGAAGGAAAGAAAUAGAUUUAGAAAGAAUUAGUUAUACAAGAACCCUUAUGAUGAUUGUAGAAUUACAUUUAAUUAAAACGGCAAGAUUCUAUUUCCGCGUGUCUUCCAUAUCUUGCAAUAAUUAUGAAUUAUUGGUUUCUGUUUAAUGCCAAUUAUUUAGCAAUGAGCACACAGCAAGGUGGCACAGUGAGAUGUGAGCCACUGUCUCCCCAGUACAUUAGUAUGAUGUCAAGAUAAGAACCAUUCGAGCAGAACGCAAUAGCUUCAACGCUUUACCGUCCAACCUAUUCUAUUUGCAGACCUGCCCUGAGAAUCAGCAGAAUAAUCUGGGAAUUGCUUGCCAUUAUAGGUGGCACUUCCAAAUCUUUAACCUUAAUAUACUUUAUAUGUGUGGAGUCAUUUUAUAGGCAAAAAUUAUAUACCUUGCUUUGUUUAAAUUUUGUCAUCGAGGGAAGAACAAAUUACAGGUGUUAUGUUUGAAAUAAAUAAAUGUAUAAUUUUAGGGUUUCUAGUGCCCAGUUUUACCUCCGUCUACUCAGCAUAAAUAUCUUAAUAUGAAAAUCUUCACUUUCAGCAAAUCCCAGCAGUCUCGUAGCUGCCUCAGGAUAUAUAUGCGUUAUCAAACUGCAGCCUGUAAGAGAACGGAUAGACCAAAUUCAUAUUCCAUCUAGAUUAAUAUGCUAUGUAUUCUAAUUUUAUUAUAUUUUAAAAUUAUUCAAGUUGUAACGUUCUCUCUGUGUGAAUAUAUUUAUUUAUUCUAAUUUCUCAAAUAUUACUCAACGUUAAAUACAUUUUGUUUGCCACGCAUUAACCUAUGCUUUCUGAUCAUUUAAUGUGGCUUUUGUGUCAGAUGAUGAAGGCAGCAAAGAAGCAAUAGUUCAAAGUGACGGUAUAAUCAAAGUAGUAAAAAGAAAAAGGCACUUUAGCAUUAAAAUGUAAAUGACAUGUAAAUCAUGCGAUAUAUCAUUAACAUAAACUAGCCAGUAAAUCCUGCUGGAAUGGGUGGUUUCAUUAUAUCCCAGUCAGCAGGGAUUUCCUUUGCUGGAAUAUAUUGCUAGUCAGGUAUAUUCAUGUUCUUAUAUACUGGGAUUAUAAAUUCUCAAUGUAGGACAAUAAUAAAGCAAUUAACUAUUUCGGUCUGAUAGGAAAACUAUGACAAAAUACCCUACUUUCUAUGGUGAUGGUGGCUGAAACAAUACUGUAUAUAAAAUACAUAAAAGCUGCAUAGUGAAAUGAUUUAAUUGUAAAAAUCCUAUAUCCAUCCAAAAUGGUGUCCGUGCAGACUCGGCUAUGCCUUAGGAAUUCUUGGGCAGAAUUGGGUCAUACAAAAAUACUUUUUGCAAAAGUACAAAUGUCAACUCAAAACAAUUUUUUUUUUUAUUAUUAUAAUAAUUUUUUUCAAAAUUAAGUUUUGAAAUAAUUUUUUUUUUAAUGAAGUAUAUGUAAAAAAAAAUAAAAAAAAAAUAAAAGAGCUCUAUGGUCUUUCCUGCUUCAGUCUUUGCACUGAACCAGGGACAACCAUAGAGACUGACUUGGUUUUCAAACACUGUCUGACCCAAGGUGUAUGUAUAUGGCUGAAGGAUCCUGUCAUAUACUAAAGGGUUUUUUUUUUUUUUUUAACCCCUUAAGGACCAAACUUCUAGAAUAAAAGGAAAUCAUGACAUGCCACACAUGUCAUGUGCCCUUAAGGGGUUAAACAUAUUCUUAAUUUUAAAAAUAAUCAAUUUCUUUUGAAAACUUGGUGAAAAGUUUGUUAAAAAUAGUUUUGAGAUAUCAGCUGGAUAAUAAGAUGACACUUCACAAACACGCCUCACAAAAAGCAUGAUCGGGCCAGUUGGAAUAGCAUUGGGUAAUCCCUAAAUAUUAGACUGCUAGUGGUCAUUGAGCACGGGAAGGAGAAGCCCAAAGAACAUAAUGUCUCCUAGAAUAAGUAGAUUUAUGUUUAUUUGUGAUAUUAGAGGUCCACUCACAGCACCAUAACCACUGAAGUGUGCUGUAGAACUUAUGGUGCCAGGGGUGACUUGGUAACCCCCCAAUAUAAGUAUUUCAACUGUUCCCUUACAUUUUGACUUCUUACCUGAGGUGAGCCAGGUGUCGGUUCCUGCCUCUGCAGGAUGCUGUCUGCUUCAGCUAAACCCAGCAGCACAGGACUUAGCUCAUUGGCCAUGAUCAACCAUCUGCUAUUCUCAAUGUCCUGACCUUACACUAGGAGAGCUAGCAGAAGCUUUUAGCAAGAGAUUAUGGCUCGUCAUACAGGAAGAGGAGAAGUAAGGCCAGCUAACAGCACACCUCGGGUAAGAAGUGAAAUCAUUAACAAACAGGCUUCUAGGCAGUCUUGAUAACAUAACCACUAUGUUGUGGUGUUUUCAUUAGCAGAUCUUACUACAUAGAGUAGAAAGAUAGACUAGGAGACUUCUUUUCAAAUAUAUUUUUUAUGAAAGGUUUUAUUUUUUAACAUAAAUAUAUGCAAUACUUUUAGAAUGAAUACAUAUAAAACAAAUUGUAUAUGGAGAUACAUACAUCAAAUAUACAAAAAGAGUAAAAACAAAACAAAAAACAUGCUUCAAUCUCUCUGCAUGUUUGUAGUAAUUGAAAUGGUAGAGCUAGGGACACUAUAUAGUCACUAGGACCACUACAGCUUAAUGCAUUGGAUCUGGUGCCUAUAGCCUAUCCCUGCAGUCACUUACAUGGCUACUAGAUGUUAUUCUUAAAGUGCAGCAUUGAUAUUAAACGCUCUGCAUGGAGAUGCUAAAUGCUCCCUAUUGUAAUGCAUUGAUUGAUUGUUCCUAUGGAAAGCAUUGUGAUUGGCUGAGAUCACCAAUUCUGAUGAUGUCAGCGAUGCAGGCAGAUUGGGGGCAUGUCCAGCACCACCCUAGCCAAUCAGCAUCUCCUCAGAGAGAUGCAUUAAAUCAAUGCAUUCCUAUGGGGAGCAUCCAGCUUCUCCAUGCAGAGCGUGGAGGCACUGAAUGCCAGUGUUAGUUAACACAUUUAUUAUUAUUAUUAUUUUUUACGUCAAUCAUUGUUUUAUUAAGGCAGGUCAUGGUUUUACAACAAUUGAAAGAAUAGUCACAAUAGAAGUACAGGUUAGCAUGACAUUCUCAGGAACAGUGUCAAAUACAUUUCAGUGGCAGGAAGUGGUUGCACUAAAACUCCUUGCAGGGUCUGAUCAUUUUAUAAAUUUAUAAAGAAAAUAAUAAGGGGAACAGGAAUAGCAUGAACAGACAAUCAACACACAUGUGCUAUGCUUGCAUGGCUAACUGUUGAUGCAAGUCUUAACUACUAUGUGCGUGUCUGUAGCUUGACAAUAGAAAUAUACUUAAGCAUAAGGUGCACGUGUAGUGUGACGUCAAACAAAUGAAAAUAUUUAUGCCAUAAUAGUACACAAGCUGGGUCCACCGUGUCUAUCCCUACAUCCCAUCACUCACAACACAAAAGUAACUAGAGGUAAAAAAGUUACUUAAACAUAAAAAAUCAAUUGAAUAGGAUUAAGCACUUUUGAAGUAUGCAGCUGGUCAUAGAAUGUGAGUUGUGUGCUGCCAAUUGAGAGAGCCCGGCUAUUAAUAUGGGUGAUAAGGCUGCACUUAAUGGUGAGUCCAGGUUCAGCCCAUUCCCUCACUUGGGAGAUAGGUGAUGGUGGCCACUAUGUGGCAUUGAGGCAUGACAACCACGAUUCAACAGGCUGGAGGGAAGGCCCGCACCACUGAGCCGCUGACUCGGAGGCUUGAGAAUUUCAAGUCCUUUCCCUGCAAGGGAGAGCGGAGGGUUGCCACAGGCUGUUGCUGCUGUUCACGUCGAGAUCUCUGCUUAUGUGGUCGGUGCACUGGGUAAUAAUCCCUGGUAGCCUAGGAGUAAUGCAGGCUUUACCCAUGGGAAGUCCACCUCCAUGCCGCUCUCCGAUAUCACGUUCUUCGGUACGUGAGCUAGGCUGAGAUGUUGCUAUGUGUGCUUCAAGCGCUACCCAGAAAUUGUAAAAGUGGGCCUCCAAUUUCUGUAGGCAAGUCUCAACAGCACUGUAUUGGUUCUGCUGGGUCGCUGUCUGUGUGUGCCCAUGGUGAAGUACCUCCACCAUUUUGUGCCUAGAGGUGCAAUCCGGGGUGAGACAAGAGAGACUGGAGAAGUUGUAGGUCAGCACGGUGGGGACCGGGAUAACCCCCACUGGCCGAAAGGGGGGAUGAACAGGUUUCGGACACGGCUCAUUCCGUGGGACUCCACUGAGUAGGUUUGGUGUUACUCCCAGCAGGGACCGCACUAGGCCAUAGAUACUCCAAGGUGUUCUAGUGUAUCUUAGGUAAGUUCAGGAAUCGCUAGCACCUUGGUAUUUGCAGUUUUGUAGAGAAUAGGACUGUUGAAGUAAGGUGCCCUCUUCCCAAAGCGAUUAAUAUUUUUAUUAGAUAGCAAUGUAUGCACUAAAUAACAUUAACAGAUCAACAGGGAGUAUUAGAAAAGAGUUCAUUGUAAGCUAUUGGAACUGAGUAACAGGUUGUUUUUUUUUUUUUUACAUUUGUGAUAUUAAUGCAGCAUUAUUGCCAGAAAGCAUGCAUAUUAUAUCCUCCUGGGAACAGAGGGAAAAAAUUGUCUUCCAAUUUUUUGAUGAAAAGGAAGUUCCCGGCCUCCCAGCCUAUCACUUGACAUAUGACUGGAAAGAUCAGGAUGUCCUCUUUACAAUACAGCAGGGAUUUAUAGAGUAGCUCAAAAGAAUAAAAGGAGAUGCAUGUGAACGUAAUGUCCAGUACAGAGGACACAAGUUAAUGGGCUGGAUCUCAGAUGGAUAUGUAAAGUAAAAUCUGCUCAUCUUCUACAACCUCUUUAGCCAACACUCUAAGAUUCAUAGGUUUUAAGGAUAGUAUAAAGUUUUGUAAAUCUUAUAUCGAUGGACUGCUCAGUAUAUUAGGUUAAACCCAUCAAAAUAUAGUAAACAGAGAGGUACGAAACAGGUGAAAAGCUCCUCUCUCCCAGCCCAAGGUUAUCUUGCCUUUAGUGACGGCUCCCACUAUUAAUGAACUGUACUCGAAAAGCCAAAACAAGCAUAGCACUGCUUUAUACUGGUCAAGGUCAGUAAAUAAAAGUGAAAGGCGUUUGAUGUUAAAACUACAUUGUCAUGAAUCUUAAAUAUGUUCCAGAUCAUGGAGUACACGUCCAGAUGGCAAAUAUGAAUGCUCAGCACCCGGUGUACACAGCUGUAUUGUAUCUUUUAGCUUUUAGAAAUGUCUCAGAGGUCCACUCAUGAGGUUUUCAUUGAGUCCUCAGUAUCUAUUAACCACAGUUGGCUGAGGACCUUGGACAUGGAAGCUUUCCCUAACCUGUUAAUAGAUAAAUCAUUAUAAUGUUGCACUUUAAACACCACACUUAGCUUUGUAUUCCUAACGUUAUAGUGUUUCUUUAAGUACAGCAGAAUCGGCUAUAUGUAGGCAUGCUAAGCAUAUUCCUGUUAUAUAUUCAGAUAGGCAAGAAGCACAGACUGUAUAGCAGGAACAAAGCAAUACCUAUUCCAUCCACACAGUCCGAUUCGGGAUACCUAUUAGUUUAAUAAAAUCCUGCACACUUUCUUAUAUAUGCACGUGGUCACAUAAUGUCUGUGAUUUGUAUAUUCGAGAUAAUGCAACCUUCCAAUGAUCAUUUACAAAACACUGCGCCACCUGCUGGUGUACAGAGGUUAACAAUCAAUCUACUAAAUGUUAUAUGGUUAGCUUGUAAGUUAGUCUGACAGGGUUAUUUACUAAAGUGAGAUUUUAACAUGAUCUAAAAUUUAACGUUAUGUUUAUUUACCCUUAUAUUUAGCAAAUAAGUAUUUGCAAAGUGUAAAAAAAUAUGCAACUAUAAGUAGAGUUAGGGAUUUUUAACAGACUACAAUUGUGUGUUUAUAGAAUAAACCCCUUUGUAUUUACACAUGCACAGAGAUGGGUAUUUCAUAUACUUUGUGCUGGGUAUUUUGCUAGCACCUAAGGGGAUAUAAAUCACAUGUCAACACACACUAGCAAAUAAAUUAAACUGACUGCAUUACUAAAGUGUUCACUAAUAAAGACUUUCUGUUUUUGCAGGCCUACAAGAUGACACCACACACACUCAGGAUACAGGACGCCAUGUGAAUACUUGCAGUGAGUUGUUUAACACAUCAAUCAGCAGGAGACAUGGAGGACUUGUACAAAGACGUUCCAGACCUUCCAAUGGAUUUGAACAACUCACCCUCUGCCAUUCCUAACAACAAGCUUGAAAAUGGGGUCACUCAACUUAUUACUGCAGAAGCAUGGAAUAUUAAUCCCUCAGGGUUGAUGAAAAAAGCGCUCUCUCCCCUUGUGACUGUUCCAGCUCCGCCUGUUCUUAGCCCUUCCUCAGACUCACAGAGCGGGGUAGCACUGAAGGUGGCAGCGACAGUGCUCCAACCCAUCUGUCUUGGAGAGAGCCCUGUGGUAUUACCAAUACAUUGGCAGGUAGCAGGUGGCACACCACCACAGGUGAGCACAAACAAUAGCACUCCGUACGUUAUAACUACGCAAGGGCCUGUUCCAUUGCCUGUGCUUCUGGAGCAACAUGUGUUUCAGCAAUUAAAUUCUCCAAUUGUGUUGCCCCAAGGGGCUCAGUGUCCAGCUUCCGCCAUCCAAAAUCACCUUUUUUCAGGAACCGCUACUUCAGUUGGUCAGCCUCAAAUUCUAGAUCAAAAGACAUCCAACCCAGCACAAGAACCUGUGUUGCCUACAGUUUUUCAAACCCCAGGUUUUCAAGCAGUUUUGCAGGAUCUGUUUCCAUCACCAAACAGUUUGAGUGCUCCAUCCCCAUGUCAGAUUCCCCCAGACUACAACUCUAGUAAUAUUCAUUCUCUUCCACCACAUGCAUUCAGUUCUCCCUUAUCACCACUUGUUCCUCCUGCUACUUUGCUGGUUCCAUACCCUGUGAUUGUCCCAUUGCCCGUGCCUGUUCCUAUACCAAUACCAAUUCCAAUACCAGUGCCACAGACGGAUUCUAAGGAAAAUGCAGAACAUACAAAAUCUUCAGAAGAAAUUCCAAAGACGUGCAAAGAAACCCAAACACCUUUGGAGAAAGAAGAAGUCAAACCUUUUGAAAUUACAGCAAAAUCAGAGUUCUCACAGUUUAACCGUCACUCAGUCAUCAAAAUGGGCAAUGAAAAUGAAGCACUGGAUCUUUCAAUGAAAAACGAACCACUAGUUAAAGACAAUGAUACAAAUAGCCAGGUGAUUCAGGAAGAUGGUGUUCUAGAUCUGUCGGUCCCAGUGCACAAGAGAUGUGGCAAUCUCAAUACACUUGUUAAUGUGUCAGUACCAUGUGCGUCCAUAACGGACCCAUUAGGCAAUAUCCCUAGUAAGAAUUGUCCCAAAGCUGCACCUUUUAAUUCACCUCUAAUCCAUCACGAGUUGACACAGAAACAGGACAGUAGAAUCAUCUGCACUAACAAUGCCGAACUACUGCGGCAACAAAAAUGGAUCGGCGAACAAAGCAGCAGAGCCAGUUAUGAACCAAAAGGCGUCAGCAGCAGCAGUAACAUUGAACUAGUCAGUAGCUCACAGACAGCAAAAGUCAUCGUCUCUGUAAAAGAUGCUGUGCCAGCCAUAUUUUGUGGGAAAAUAAAAGGGCUUUCAGGGGUUUCUACCAAAAACUUUUCUAUUAAAAGGGACUUGCCGCAAGACUCUGCAGUUCAGUGCUAUGAUAUGAAGAGCCAGGCUGAUAUCAGGGAAGGGGUUGAUGCAUUAAGGAAACCAGUUAAAAACCGAAGCGUAAAGUUAAAGAAAGUGAAUUCACAGGAGAUACACAUACUUCCAAUCAAAAAGCAAAGAUUGGCUGCCUUUUUCCCGAGGAAAUAAUUUCUACAUUCCCAGUCUUCUUUUGGAGUUAUGAAUUUUACUACAAUCGUAGACAUUCUCAGCUUAAGAAAAUUCAGUUCUAAUUAUACAGAAAGGGUCCAGUGUUUGAAUAUACAAUUCACACAAUAUCGCUGUAGCUAGUGUGAUAUAUGUGACCAUGUUUUGCAGACAUUUUUUAAAGAAAAAAAAUAAUUGUAGUCACUUACCUGUAAACCAGGACCCAAACGAGGAUGAUAUUAUGCCUUUGGAUAGGUCUUUGUAACUUAUUAUAUGUGGUGGGGAAGGGAUUAGGGAGAUUAAAGGUAAAUGGAGUACAUUUAAUACUUCCCCCCCUCCUUAUUUUGAUUGGCAUAAAGUCCAUAUGAACACCCUAUUUUUAAGUGGAUUGCACAUUUUAUGCAGCUUUUAUUAGACUAAUGGAUUGUCCAGAGCUGUUUUUACUGCCAAGAACCGCUUUAAUGCUGUAUUUAAUAUAAAAUAGUUACGUUGCAUAUUUAAAAUAAAUGUUUGUAUGUGUUGAUCAGCUGUCAUAUUUCGUACAUUUUGCAGUUUUAUAUCCAAAGUGCAUACACCGGAAUUGUCAAACAUAAAGAAACUGUGUACACCUUGUUAAAUUCCUCAGUCUGGUCACCAUCCUCUUGAAAAUCAUCUCCUAACGCUUGUUGGCUAUAGGCUUUAAUUACAUAUGCUGGCUGAUAUGAUUAGGAUGCUAGGACUAGCUCAUUACUUAUGUGUCUAGAACAAAAAUAACACCAAAGCAAUAUUAUGGAUGAGAACGUCUGGGCUUUCUUUUUUUGCAUCCUAAAGACUCAUCAUCAAC